UUUGUCCCCGCGCUGCACGAGCUCCGGACUGCUGGAAAUAUCUGCGAGGAGGAGGAGCUGUCAAAGUUUCCCAGAGAGAGGAGAAAAGUCUUUUCAGUGAUCGACAAAGAGAAAAACCUGAAAGAUUUCUGUUUUGGGUGAAAGCGGAAUAUCGCGCGCUGUUGGCAUGGAAUGACACCUUCUCACGCGGAGCUUGAAAACCACGAUGGCAGCCCGUUUAGUGAAGUGGAUCAGUCUCACCUCUGUGCUGUGCCUGGGCUGCUGUGUUCUGGCGGAAAAGAAAGGUAUGUCAAACAGGGAGAUUUUUUACAACGUGGAGCCCGUGUGACUCAGUUUGAGCUCUUCAGCUUUCGCUCACUUCUCUCUUCGCUGGUCCAACAUUUACAUAAAUCUCAGAGAAAUCACAGAGAACCCACAGAGAAACUUGAUCCGGUGUGAGAGGAAAAGUUGCUUGUGACCCAGUAAAAAGUGCAGAAAGGCUCCACUAGAGUUCAGUAUCCCGUGUCAGUGUUGGAUCGUCACUGACAAUGAAAACAGUCACGUUUGUGCCACAAAAAAGUUGUGGUUGAAUUGACUUGGUAAAAUUGCGUGUGUAGGCUAUGAGUGAACUUUUGCCCACGUGAAUUUUCACCACAUUGAUGAUGAAGCUGCGUACGUAACCCAGCUGUUUAACUGGCAUGGUUGACUUUGUAAUGCUCUUUGAUUUUUUCUUUUCAUUUUGAAUAUUGAAUAAAUAAUGCCUCAUGUGCUGCAUAUGAGGAGUGGGAAUUAUAGGGUAACUUCAGAUGAUACCUGAAUCAUUCCCAUCAAACAAUCAUGUCCCCAUUUGGCAAUUUUCCAUAGUUGAUCAAUUGCAAGAUAGUUGAGACUGGUUAGAUCAGUGGUUCUCAACUUGUCUCACUCUGGGACCCACAUUUUCCCAUGGUCCUUAAGUCAUGACCCACUUUUAUAGAAUUCAAACCAAGCAAAUUUAAUUUUAUAUAAAAAAAAAACUUUCAAAGACUCUAAUCUUUAACAUAAAUCCACGUUUUAUUGAGAAAGUGCAUUUCAAAGCACAUGAAGGGGACAACAUGAGGACGACAACUACUUAAGUUGCAUGUCCAAAAAAUAUCGAAUAUCUCAUAAAUAUCGCAUUUAAUAUUUACUUUUUUGACCAGCUGUUCGUGACCCAUCCAGAAAGUGUCCUUGACACACUUUUGGGUCGGGACCCACCAGUUGAAAACCACUAGGUUAGAUGAACCAUGCACUCAACCUAAUGUCAUUAAGUCCAUCAUUAGGUGCAACAAAGUAGUGACAUCCUGAAUCAAGUUGGAAGGGACAUGUUUACACAAUUUAAUUUCAAAUACUGAGAUUGAAAUUGAAGAAGUCAGGAAAAUAAUGCAUUUUGUCCCACUUCUAUUUUUUAUUUGACCUUUUAGUUGACAUAAAUCGAAAUGAGGACAAUGCUGUCACUUUCAAUUUUUGUAUUUUUGUUGUUGCAUAAGCACCCUCUGAGCAAUAGACGGCUAUUGGAUGUAUAGUUCUUUUUUUAAGACCUUAUUUCAACCAUCUAGAUUCUGUAUAUUUUUAAAGGGAAUUUAGACGUUGCACUUUAACCCAUUAUUCGAUAACUGUUUGUUUAAAAAAAACAACUGUGAGUUUCAUAAGUGAUCUCCAAGUACUUAACCAAAAUAAUUAUGAUAGCUGUUGAGCAAUAUACAGUGUAGUAUAGAUAAAGCCCAGAUUUAGACUUGGUCUAAAUUUGGUCUAUAUUUAGGCGUCUAAAAAUUGUUCAUUUUUAGACCUGUGGCUGCCUGAUUUUUUACCAUUAGUCUAGGCUAAAUUUAUACAUCUAUUAGACCUCUUUUAGACCAAAAAAUGCUCAGUGGGCAUCUUCUUUUAAGACAAUUAAGAAAAAAACUGCAUUUCCCAGAAUGCAACCCACAAGAUAAUUUGAUCAGAUUUAAAAGUAGCCCAAACUUGUCUCACUUGUCCUAAAUAAGCAAGAGAAGCUUUCUCUGUGGUUCCUGCUCUGCUUGUGUUAGUCUUUCCCUUCUGGCCCUGAGGUAAAGGCCACACAAGUCUAACAUUUUAAUCACACAGCAGUAUUUUGACUCAAAUUCAAAGCUUUUCUUCAAGUGUUUUGUCUUUUCCUUAAAUGUCAGUCUUUGAAUGAACAUCUCAGGAGAGGCCAAGGCAUAUUCGACAUGCAUUUGACUGAAAAAUAAGCACAGGAAAGAUCCUGUUUCCCCUGCAGUUGGAUUCAAUAUAAGAGCACUUCAUGUGUAGUUUGAGUGACUCAGUCAGGCCAGAUGUCGGGGAGAGAAAGUGACCAGAAGUAUCACUUUGCUCCCUAAUGACUUUAACUUCCUAUUCUCAUGAAUCAUCAGUGUCCAUCUCAUUGCACGAUUUGCUCCUCCUCACAAGCAGAUAAGCGCAGUGAGCACAGUGCCAGCAGCACAUGUGUGCAAGUUGCAUCUUUCCUGUCUGCUCCAAAAAGUAAAAAAAAAAAAAAACAGUGCCGGGUUUGUAGGCAACCAUAACAAAUCAAAAGUGUUUGCGAUUCAAAAAAGACAGAGUCCCUAAAUAUUUUUUGGCUUCUAAACAAACCAGACGGCUCACAUUUCACGCUGCAGCAAGUCUCCCACAGUAAAUAAGGAUUAUAGAAUUGUAUUAAGACCAGAGAAGAUUAGAAAGGAGCAGCUGAAAUGAUAGCUAUGCUACACACUUCAAUUUGGUCUGUGUGCUGUUCAUACUUUGCAACUGAUUCAGCUUUAAUUCAAAGGAAAAGCAAGGCUGCCAUAUGGUGUGAGAGUCUUAUUUGUUGUUGAUGCUCUUUUUUGUUGUUGGCCAGAGGCGAGGACAGAUGUUUGUUUGUGGCACAUUGUGUUUUUUAGCACACAAAGUCCAAUAAGAGUGAAACAGGACACACUUAAGAGACGAAUUAAAUUCUUAUGGCAUUAAAUCUUCAAAAUGAAACUGCUAAAUAACAGUUUUUUUAUACGUGUUGUUUUAUGUCUUGAUUAACACAAAAGUUUUUGUUGUUGAUUAAGGAAAGAUUAGCUGGAGGGUGUUGUAUUGUGUUCCUGGGAUUUUUGCCAACGAGUUAGCAGAUGGCUUAUCUAUUAACUCAGAAUAAAUCCUCAUAACUUCACUUUGACUUUCUGCAAUACCUUGUCUUUGAGCGUAGAUUAUAUAGAAGAACCCACUUGAAAUAACUUCCCUUAUGGCCUUCCUGAGAGAGAGGUUAAAACCCAUUUUCCCCCAGAGGGGUCUCUACAUACUUACAGUGACCUGGCCUCUCAGUCUGUCAAUUAAAACUAAGUAAGCCUAUUCCUUUGGUAUUAUGGUUGGGUAAUGUCUACAAAAGUGGCAAAUGAGGAAGCGCAGAGUGAACCGCAGUGAUGGACAACGGUAUUGUUGUUUGGGAGGUGGGAGGGAUUGCAGCCUAAGGGGUGUUUUUUUAGCUGCAUUGUUGAACUCAAAGUUAUUCCGGUGUAACAGCGUGAGAGGAUGUCUUUACAAACCCAGUUAAAAAGGACCGAAAGGAUUAACUGUGUCUGCUGGUAGAGGGCUGUUUGCUAGGUGGCUGACUGUCAUCAUGGCAGAAACUUAAAUGUUGAAAAUUCAAAUAACGUUGAAGUAUUUUUCUUUGGCUGUUAAUCAAGAUCAGGGGUGGGCAAUUAUUUGUACAUGGUGCAACAUGAGAAACCUGAACUGUGUUGGAGGGCCGAACCAACAAUAACUUCAACUUCACACAUACAGAAAAGCAAGCCCAAAUAAGCAACUACUAGUUAAAAACAAAUGCACCCGCGACUCACGAGUUUCACCAGAGAAACAAGCUUAAAGUCUUUUAUCUAAGCAGACUUGGCAACUGUAAGGCGUCUACGAAUAUUCUGCUGAUGUUUAAACUUGUCUCUGUUCACGAAUGUAGAUCUAGGAUGUACGCACGUGCGUCCAAACGGAAAUAAAACAAUGGCAAAGUUUUCAAAAUAAAAGCAACACACUUGUAGAGCAUGUUGAUGAUUUGAUUUAUGGACCUCAGGAAGGGCCGCGCAGGGACAUCCAAAGGGCUGGAUGUGGCCCUCGGGCCGUAAAAUGCCCAGGUCUGAUCUAGAUGAUCUUGGUUCUGAAAAUAUCUUCAAAACAGACAUCAUACAGAUUUUACUCUGAUUCUGGUGGUGAUGCCUCUUUGCAGACAAAUAGGUCAAUGACUGACUGAACCGUCUAUUGUGUGUCAUAUCCAAGUGCACCUGUGUAAAACAAAAGAAGCGAUCCCGUUGUCAAAAACUGAAGUAUUAAAAGUAAGUCCACUCAAAAUAAGCAUUUCUGUAGUAUCAAAACAGACAGAAAACAGUCUUGAUCUCAGCCUGCUGACAACGCAUUUCUGAAGUAAUCCAAGGGUUUUGAAGGGGUUUAAUAAGACUUAAGGAGGAGGAUAAUUUCCUCAACCUACAAAGGAACACCUAAUCCUUUGCCGUAUUUUAAAAUCACCAAGCCAGGACAUAUGGUUUUAAGUGAUUGACGACACUUUGAUUUGUAUCGGUAGAUUUCUUUAGACCUGAAAGUGUUUAUGUCGCUAAGAAGCAGGUGAGCACAACUGGUCAGCGAUUUACUCCAAGAAGAGGCAAGAAAGUUGGUCGAUGAGUUUAAAUGUUCAGAUUUACAUGGUUUACUGCUAAAGGAUCUGAGGUUUUUGUACUAAUAUUUAAUAAAUACAAAAAUCGACCCUCUCUCUGUCACUACCAAUGAGCUGAACAUGUCGCAUUUAUGAUCCUCACCUCAUCAAAUAAACCACCAGGCUAAAGAGCGCUUAGUAGACUGAAAUGCGCUUUUACACAUUCAACUCUUUUCCAUUCAUCACUUGUAAUUGACAGUUCCUUUGACUCCUCCCACAAACAGCGAUCGUCCAAUCGUAGCUUAGCAACCGUAACUACGUACAGCAGACCUGUCAAGCCUUGGAUUUCUUCACAUGUUGAAACAGUGAGUAUGAGGCUGUGGUAAGAGGGAUUAAAAGAGUUUGCAGGGUGGUGUCUUUACUGUAUUUGCCUUUACAGAAAAAAAAAGAACAGCCUGAAGUGAAAGGAAAUAACUGAGCCGCAUGUUUCUUUACUGUAUAGAGGCAUGUUAUGUCAGUUUGUGGGGUUACGGGUCACAUGAAAGUAUCCACUGUGUGUUUUCCUGUGUGUAAUUUCCAGGCUGUGUGGAAGCUGGUCCUGAAUUCCUCGACUUAAUUUAAGUUUAGGUUAAUGUUAGAAACUCUGUCCUCUCUGAAACCACAGGCAUUAUUCUCCUCUGCCAAACGCACUGCUAAGUCUGUAUACAGAAGGCUUUCUCUGCGGACAAAGUCACAUCUUACAUUUCUCUCAUCAAAUAUCUCGACUAACUUUCACACGCAGAUACCGAAGCAUUCUGUUUCUCUUUACAUGCAUGUGUUUUGCAGAUUGUCACUUGCACAAUGUGCGUUUUAGCUCCAGCUUCUCUCUCUUUUGAACAUUGAACACUAAUAAUAAUGCAGCAGGUUCUUACUGCACUUUUUGUCAGUGACCUCAAAGCGCUUUACAUUGGAUACAUUAUUCAUUUGCUCACACAGUCACAUCCUGGUGUAGGGAUGGGAAUUGAUAAGAUUUUGUCGAUAUCGAUGCCAUUAUUGAUUCUGCUUAUCGAUUCAAUUCUUUAACGAUUCCCUUAUCAAUGCCUUUCUUUGAUUUAAAAAAAAAAGUAGACUUUGGUUUCCACCGUUAACUCAAAAUUGUAUUGAGUCUCUGAUAACAGUAGUCUAAAAAUAAUCCAACAACAAACUAUUAGUACAGCGUUUACUUCAGUCGGUAUUAAGUCAAAUUAGGGUGACCAUAUUUUGGAUCCCCAAAAAGAGGACAUUACUAGGCAGUGUCGCACACAAAAUUUCAAGGGUUUUUUGGGUCAGGUCGAGUGUUUUUGACACACUUCUAACUCAGUUAGUCCAAGUCUGCCAUGCAUUUUGCUUGAUGUUAACACAGGACAUAUGUACCUUCCAUGAUGUUGCUGAGACGGAGCAGCAGCAGCUGACGACCGGAAGAAAGGAAUCAUUAAGGGAAUCGUUAAGAUGAAAUGUAAACGAUGUCGAUGGAUUGAACCAUUUGGAACCAAUUCUCAACAAGAUCCGGUUCCCCAUUCCCAUCCCUAUCCUGGUGGUGUUCAACUACCUUAGUAGUCACAGCUACCCUGGGGCAGACUGACAGAAACAUGGCUGCCAAUUUGCGCAUACGGCCUCUCCGACCACCACCACACAACACUCACAUUCACACACACACUAGGAGAAAGGUGGGUUAAGUGUCUCACCCAAGGACACAACAGAAUCGAACCACCAACCUUCCGGUUAUUGGCCGAUCGCUCUACCUCUGAAACUGCUGCCGAGCUAAUGACGUCUCAUUCUACAGAGUAGCUUUUCCCAACAUUUUCACCUUGGAAAAAACAGCUGGAAACACACAAAGUUAUUAAAGAUGAGGCUUAUAUUCACUUAAGUAGUGAGCUAAGGCUGGAUUAUACUAUCAGUGAUCAUCAAAGCUUGAAAAUUGGACAGUUCCUAAGUAUGAAUUGGUAAUCCGUCUUUUUUUACCUUCUUUCUGACAUCAAACAAGGAUUAGCUUUUAGGAAUCUCUAAGUAUUUUAAGUAGAAAGUGUGCCUCUGUUAUCUCUGCAGACUGUGUGCUCAGAGAUGUCAGAAAACUGUCAAGUUGUUCCAGAGCCUGUGUGAAGCACCCAGGUACAGCUGGCUGAAGAAACCCCAAGACGAUCAGGGUUGACCGCUCUAAACUGAACCUGAACCUUGUUAGACAUGUUCCAAUGACAUUUCAAUAGAAGGGUUUCCUAACAACAAUUUAGAUACAUCAAAUCUCAUAACACAUGUCCCAUAGAAACUGACAGAACAUCUGUAUCAGACUCAGCUAUCAACCAAACUGUUGUUUCAAACGUUAAUAUCGCCACUUUGGGUGCAUCUCUACUUGACAGGUAAGGAGGAAGCUACCUGGGGAAGGAUGCACUUGACAGUUAAGUUGUCUUCAUAACAGAUAAAUGAAACAUGUUUUUGUCCGUACUACACACACUAAACGAAAUCCUACUUUGAAAAUAAACAGAUUCUCUCCCACAUUUAGCCCUGCCUCUAGCUGCAGUAGUCUUGUUAUGGGGAAGCCAUUAAGUCCUUUUGGAAACGAAUCUGAGAUUUGAUAACAGGCCUGGCAGCGAGCAGCUUUUCCCAGAGGACGCCCACCUGUCAGUCCGCCGCUCCUGACAGCCGGCAGUUUGUGAUGGUUUCUGUGGGAGUCAGACGGGGCCUGCUGAAUAAUAGAAAAGGAGCUCGUCCCCCCACGCGCUGGCACGCUCAGUUUAUUAACUGUCAUCAUGUGAGGAGAGGUUGUAAAUAAUGCCCACGGCUACUCCAGGCACUUAACCACGAGUAAUAACUGAGGUGAUUUAUUUCCCAUGAUAAAAUGGUAAAUGGUUUUUGAGUCAUUUGAACUGGGGUCGUACUAUGGAGAUGAUGAUGAUCACACUUUUUUAUUGCAUGUGUAAAUAUUUCCGAGCUUUUCUCCUGGCUGCGGCAGUUAUGAGGUGAAUCUGUCUGAGAGCCCCCUUAACUGGGCCGUGAGUUAACCUGUGAGAUCAGACUGUAAUCUCAGGGGCAUGUUGAUGGCUAAAUCCCUAAUCCUUUAUUCAGGACUCCCCGGAUUUCUUUCUGUAAGGGAUAACCGGCUUAUAUCCAUAUGCUUUUUCCAAGUUAAUAGGUUAUUCUAGUUUUCCACAGAAGGAGAUUAGAAGGUCAUGCGUAUUGGUGAAGUCCAGCUCCAUCUUUUCUUGAUUUAAAUCUGCUCGCACACCUGCAAAAGUGGAGCUGAAUCAUGACAAAUUUUGCUCCUGCGGUGCAUUUUCGCAUCCUGAGUAAGUGCUUUUCCCUCUGCUCUGUGUGUGGACAUUUAACAAGCCAGUUUCCCUCAUCAGCCGUGUAUUUUUUCCAGAAACAAGACCCUUUCUUGUCAUCAAAGCCUCUUCUUUUGGAUCGGAUGGAUGAUGAUAGUGAAAUACGGGUUAUGAUCAUGUGAAAUACUAGAAUCUCUAGUUGGAGUCCUGAGUGGUCCUCGUCGUACUACUGUUUUUGCUGUGUCUAGCUGCUUCUCUGACGACCUUCCCAGACUUCCAUCUGCUGCAGCCAUUGUUGGAAGUUUAGCUAGUUGGAUUGAGCCGUGGGAGCUGGGGGGAUAUUUCCUCGCCUUCCUCCUCUGCAGCUUUGAUAAACUGCACCAUGUCUGAGCGUUGGAGCUUUUAACAGAGCUUCUGGCGAGGUACAGGAUUCUGGUUUCACUCUGGGACAAUAGCGCCUCUGUAGAGGGCAGGUUAUCAUCCUGCAGCGCUGAUACUUUUGUAGAGCGGGUGAGAUCUGUGGUGUGCAGCAGACGCACCCGAGGCUAGACAUGUAUGUCAUCGAAAGGGAACACAGGAAAGAAGCCGCUUUUUGUUGUUCGUCGUACUUUAAGAUGAAUCUGAACAUAGUAAAUCUAUUAUUGAGGCUGCAGUCUGCAACCAUUAAUUACAUGUCUGGUUUCACAGCUGUUCAGACUAAACAAACCACAAAGAAUUAAGAUUUUGUGUACUGCUUUCAUGUCUGGGAUAAAUAUUUAAUUUGUUUAGAAAUGCCGCCUGCUUCAUCUCUGAUUUUAUGAUCAAAAACUCAUCUUCAGGCCUUUCUUUCGAAGCAAACUGGCCUUUGUUGUGUCGUAGCUGCAGCGACUCAAAUCUAUUGUGUAGUUUGUAUACAUGCGCUGAGAGCCCAGCACGGAAUAAGUGAGUGAAUGUGGUUACUCAUUGAACUGAUUUGCGUCCUUUGUUUGUACAUGGUGACAAAGUGAUCCGCUGCAUUCAUGACCUUUCCACAAUUCCCUGGACGUGCAUGGAGUCUCCAGUGGAAAGAGACUCAAGAAUUCAGGCCGGAAAAAAAAAGGCCUUCCGCUAUCUUCCCAUCUCAUCAGGUGCAGUGUCGAGUUAAGAGGAAAAGAGGCCACCGCUUCAGCUGAGUUAUUCAGACUGUCUGUGUUUACUUACCUGAUGAGAGAUUUCCAACUGAGGUAGUGUUGAAGAAGGGUCGUUUAUUUUUAUAAUUUCACCUUUUAGGAGUCAUGUUUUAAUCCCAUUCAAAGAACAAAUUACUUGACCGUGAUAAUCUGUUUUUUGAGGAUCAAAUGAAUCUGCAAUUUGAUACUAAUUCAGAUAAACACAAAGUACCCAAGCUCUAAGAAAAGGAUAUGCUAACAUGGCCCCUUUUUUACUCCACAACCCAAGCUCCUCUUUCCCCCUGUGUUUAGUUAGUUCGGCCCACCAAGCUGCAGGAAGGUUAAACCUGAGCUCUUGCAUCCUCUUACCACUUGCUAUGUUAGCUCUCACCCCCAACCGAACCCUCGCCGUUAAAUAGGGGAAAGAAAACAGAGAAAAAAGUCUGUAGAGAGGUGUGAGAAAGAGGACAGGGAAGACAGCACCUCGACUAGAAGCCUGUUGAAGCUUAGACUCAACCACACCAGGUAAGACUGUACGCUCUACCUCCACCCCUAUACUCCUACUCUUAAUGACAGAGAGAGGAAAACACAGAAAAGAGUUUGAAGAGAGAGGUUAGAAAGAAGACAGAUCCAAGGAAAAAAGCCUGUUUGGUCUAAAGUGAGGAUGUACGCUAUACCUCCCCAUUCGAUGAGUGAUAGUAAGUAAAAUACUAAAAACAUGACCUUGUAUUCCUCAAUGAAGACGCCCUAAUUCUUUGGAUUUGUGACCAUAUGUGUGUUACAGUACUUUGUUUGUGUCCACAGAGUUCUUUUUUAACCUGUAAUUUUGUCAGUAUUAGCACAGAAGACCUUGAAGCAUACAAAUUUUGUGUAAAAAUAUUGGGUAAAUUACACAUUCUUAAUGAAACUCAUGACCUCAUUUCAUCUGAAUGUCCUACUUAAGUGGCAUUUUAACACGAAUCCUCACACAACAGGUCACCUCAUCAGGGCGACAAUCCUAUGGCCUAGUUUUGCUUCAGUUUAAGUGGUAAAAAGAGAAAUAAUGUCCGUUAGUUAGCUGGUAUAUCGGACGCCCUUGACAUUAAAUCUAGUUGUAGUAACCGACAUAUUUCUGACCGGUUAAUGUGACAGAAUUUCCUGUUUUUAAUGUGUCUGAAAAAAACAUUUUUAAUAUUUCCUGGCUGUCUGGAAACUGCUGCAGCCAUAACUCUGCUCUUGUAGCUGAAGGUUAAGAUGGAAAGUGGGCACAAACAUGAAUCCAAACUUGUGGCUUUCACUUUGAGUGAAAAUCAUCAGUCAUGCCAACUUUGGAAAGUGGACAGGCAUAUUCUGAGGCCUUUUCUCUCAGCCGGAUUUACAAGUUGUUGUAUUUGUAUUCAGUGCUUGUCUCUAUGGCUCUUCAUGUCAAAAUGCAAAUGUAAGAAAUGUCAGUGAGAUGGACGGGGUGAUGCAUAGAUUAAAGGAAGGAUCCUGGCGGGGGUAGAAAAACAGGAAAGUUGAGGAUACACAAACAAACAUCUGAAGGAUGGGGUGAGAUCUUAGACUUUGGUAUUCAUGCCCUCACGUAAUCACUAUCAAUAAGACUCUGAGCUGUUCUUUCUGAGUGCUGUUGCUCCACUUGUGCAUCUAAAUUGGAGAUAAGAGUCUUUCAGCAUUAUCCCAAAGAACAAGUGUAGGUGUGGCAUUUUCUCCGCUGACCUAAAGGGAAACGGCACUCUGAGGAGGUUUCAGACACAGACGGUGCUCACAUAGACGAGGACACCCCUACAGGGAGGGAACAAUAGCUUUGUAAACAAAUCCCCGUUUCAGAAGAAAGCAUUGGUUGAACGGUGGCGGCUGAUCUCUGAAACUUCCCUUGGAGCCAGCCUCUCCCUGUUUAGUCUCAUGGCCUGGUGAACUUCAUGGUGCAUUUUUACUUGUAACCUUCAAUGUUUGGUUUGGAACUUGUGGCGCUAUUUGGCUAAUUUAUCAAGUAUUUGUGAAUCAGUUCCUGUGUAAGUCUAAACCAAUGGAAACGGGAGAUCCAGAACAGCUCAUUUGUUUUCAUUUUGCAGGCUUCCUGCUUUACAUCCACUUUGAAGGCUGUUAAAGCUCUUUAAUUUGAAGGAUUGGACUAUUUCCUAUCAGCUUUCAUUGGCUCUGGUCCAGCCUCAAACAUGAUAUGUUAAUAUGCACACCAAGAAAAAUUGGAAAACAUGUCAUCAAUGCAAGGUCAAUUUGCUCGACUUGACUUCACUGCCACUCAAGCGCGGUUUAAUUUGUUAAAAUCAAAAACUAUGUCAGGUUCAUCUCUAGGAUAUGUAAUGAUUAAUGUCUCUCCAGGGUUUCCUGAUCAGGCUUGUCUUACAGUUGUCAUUGCUCCACUACCCAUGAAAAAGUAUUUCUUCUUUGCCAAUGUUAUUAAAGCAUUACCUGUUGCGCUGAAAGGGUGUGGCAGAGGAUCAAUCAUGUGCUGUAUUCUUUGCAGAGAGAAGACAAACACCAUCGGUAAAGUUUGAGCCUUUAUGUUGCUUUCAGCAGCACUAAGAGGAGAAAAAAGCCUGCUAAUUUGCUGAUUUUGAGAUGUAUUGUUAGUCUAUAGGAUAAUUGAAAACAUGCUUUACAGAAAAGUCAUUCUCACAAGGAAAUGUAAACACCUAAAGACAUGCACCGUCUCUUGUUAACUGAUACCUGUACUGCCUCCAGGUUUCUUCUAGUCUAGACCUCCUGUCACAUUAGUGAAUGGCUCUGGUAUUGACAAGUUGCACAGUGCAAAGCUUGAACUCUCCACUUACAGUGCGCCUUUUGUGGUAAGCCUCAAUAGGCUCCCUAACAGGAGUGUCUGCUACAGAAAAUGUUAAUAGGGCUGAAAAUUAGCCAAUAGACGCAGUGGGUGGGUGGCAGGGAUCCAAAUAAGAAAAUGAAAGAACAUGCAUGACUGACAACAUACACAAAGAAAAUGAAAGUCCAUGAGAUGAGUUUAUUCUCAUGUAGCCCCUAUGGCUCAUGUGUAGACCAAACUUGAAUGAAUACCCCCUUCCUGGAGAAACCCAAAGUCUCUGGACAAAGGCGUCUUUAUUGAGGACUUUGUUGUCUUCUUUGACACAGGCUUAUCUGUCUUCCCUGACCUUAACUUGCCAUGUAGACAUGACUUUACAACCCUGUGUCAACAGCGAGGAGAAAGGCACCCCUGUUGGCGAAAAGUUAUGAAGCCUGCGAGGUUAAAAGAAUCCAUUGAGCUGUUUUGGAGUUUUAUGCUGGAUCAGGGCGUCUAAUCCGACAUACAAAUAUUAGCAGAGAAAGAAAAACUUUCGGAAUGAUUUCAGGAUUAAGAGUCUGCAGCAGUGCUUGCAACUCUGAGAGGCUGUACUUUGGCACAGCACUUCUUUUGAGAUAAAUGUUAAUCUCAUCAACAAUGCUAACACGCUGGCUGCUCAGAGUUAUAUUUACCUUCUUCCUCAUGUUAGGAAAGAGUGUGUGAAAGCUUGCAUGUGCUUUUUAGACCUUUAUUAUGUUAUGUAUCAUGAAAUAAUUUACAAAUAUAAUGAUGGCAAACCACACUUGUUGGUUCCCUGUCGUUUCUGAGCUCUUGUUCAUUAAACCAAACUUAAAUAAAGUCUCAUAAACUGCCCCUGAGUUAUGAGUUGAUUAAUUAACUUAUGAGUAAUUUUCUUAAUACGCCUCAAAUUGUUUUCCUUUUAAAUUGUCUUGAAUUGUCCAUGAAAACCUAAGGAGUCUCAAAAUCAUGAGGGGAACUUGAUUGUCUUGAUAUGAAGCGACUAAUUUCCUGGUAAUUUUUACAAAAAUGAUAGUUUGAUUAGGGGCGGCACAGUGGUGUAGUGAUUAGCACUGUCUUCUCACAGCAAGAAGGUCCUGGGUUCAAAUCCGGGUCAGGGCGUUUCUGUGUGGAGUUUGCAUGUUCUCCCUGAGUCUGCGUGGGUUUACUCCGGGUACUCUGGUUUCCUCCCACAUCCCCAAAACAUGCAGGAGUGGGGUUAGGUUAGUUGGCCACUUUCAACUUGUCCAUAGGUGUGAAUGUGAGCAUGGAUGGUUGUUCAUCUCUAUAUGUCAGAUGAACUGGCGACUUGUCCAGGGUGUCCUCUGCCUUUGCCAGAAGAUGCUGGGAUAGGCUCCAGUCCCCCUGCAACAACGGGAAGAAGUGGUAGAAAAUGGAUGGAUGAUAGUUCGAUUAGACAUUGCUCCAGUCUUCCAAUUUAACCAGACACAGCCUACUUAUAACUUUACUAUUUCUAUCAAAUACUGACAACCCACACUGUACCCCAAGGUGACAUGUACUAUCCCCACUUUGGAUGAUAGAUGACGGGUAGAAGAGCUAAAUGGCUGUAGCUGUUAACCAAAGCUAUGACCUUGACUGGUGGCAAGACAAGACAACACAAGACAAUUUAAAGGAAAACAGUUUGAGGCGUGUUAAGACAAUUACUCAUAAGUUAAUUAAUCAACUCGCAACUCAGGGGCAGUUUAUGAGUGUUUAUGUAAGUUUGGUUUAAUGAACAAGUGUUCAGAAAUAACAGGGAACCAACAAGUGUGGUUUUCAUAAUGCAAAAUAAGACUUUGACUCAAGACACAUGAGAAGAAACCUUUAAAUCUGCAUAAUAAGACUUGAUGUUGCACAGAAUAGAGCUGACUAAAACUUCCAGGCUUGUUUAAUUUUCUGAUAUUUUGAAAGUGCUGCAUGCCACGAGUUAAUCUUAAACUUCUGAAUAAACAUUUGAGUUAACUUGGUGUCUCAUAGGCAGUUGUCCUUUGUACUGGUAAACUGCGAGAAUAACACAGAGUAUUUAUAUCAUUAGAAAACUCAUUUAAUACUUUGUAAGGCAUUAUCAGCUACUCACACACUAACCUAAUUAAUAAUAAACAUGCUGGUGUACUACGAAAAUCCUGUCCAUCAAAAAGGGUUAAAUCAAAACUUUAUAAGCUAAGCCAAAUCAGAUCAUAAGAAGAACAACCAUCCAUCAAAACAACCAUGCAAGUCAUCUAUUUGUGUGAAGUGUCAAGUACAAAUCUUGCAGAAAAAUAACAGACAUCCUAUGACGUAGCUCCGUCUGAAUUGUGUUUUAUGGCAACGUGAGUCAGAGGAAGAAAAGAAGAUGUCAACCCUUCAGGGGCCAUGGUUGCUAUGUUUUACAAGCCAAUCUCAUCUGUCAGGGAUCGUACCAGUAUUGUCAAACAUCGUUUAUCCCAGCUGUUUAAAAGUUGAGCUAACAGUGUUGGUUAUAAUAUCGUAGCAGUGGCAGCGUUUUUUCUUCAGAGCUGAUCUGUGAUUUGUUUAACUCCCACUGGAAGCACUAAAAUAUAAUGCGCUCCAAACACAACACCUACCUUUCUAAUUGCCCUGUAUGUUUCAACAACACCAAUGCUUCGUUGAGCUCAGAAUUAAUUUCCUGGUGGGACUUUGAGCGGAACAUCUUCAUUACUGCAUGUUUUCAUAAUUAAAGCCAGAGGCCAGUAAAAAAAAAAAGAGAGAGAGAGGAAUUCUGUUUGCUCCACUUGCAAUGUUUCCCCUAAUAAAAGGCAGCACCUGACCCUCUUAUUGCAAACUCACCCGGCAAACCAUUAGAGGAGGCCAUAUAAUGUACAUAUUCCCAUGCACCGCAGCACAUUACUGCCCCAUGACACUUAAAAGCAGCACUGAAAAAUGAUCAAUAUCGACUGCUCUGCUUUCAUUUUCAUAACAAACCACUCCAGCUUGAUUGCAGCGAGGUGGAGAAUAGGUUCCCCGGUAGAAAUACCCUGGAGUGCAUAGUUGGACAAGCGCCAGGCAGUAAGGAUUAGCCUUCUGGGCCUGCAGUAUAUCAACAACCCCUUCCUGAGCUGAUUAAGGCUGUCUGAGGCUUUUUAAUAUGAAAUUACUUGUUUAGUUUUUAUCCGAGUAUUAUUUCACUGAUCAGGCAGCCAUAAGAUUUCAAAGAGAUCAGAAAUAAUCACAAUCUGAUUGGGGUUUUUAGGUCAAAGGACAUGUAAACAAUCCACUGAACUUCAUUUCCUCUGACAGUCCAGCAGGAGGGAUCUGAAAUAUGCAUGCGCAUCUGGCAGGAACUUUUCCGUGACUCCUUCUUAAUAGUAUGGGUUGGUGAGGCAACAUUUUUGAUACUUUUACGAGCUUGUCUUUUGGCUUCCAGGAAAUGCAGAGAUCGGAAAUGUCCAAGAUUUAUCCUUGGUUAUAAAUGUUUUGCACCUGCUCGUCGUAUUGAAAAACAUCCGAAAUGGGAUCCAGGAUUUGGAGCUGGAAACAUCAUCACAUCUGUUGAGCUGUUUGUAACCGGCAAAAUAUUCACACCAUGAUGUCCUCAUGUUGGAGCCCCACGGGAGCUUUUGAAUCUGUCAGAAUAUCUUCAUAAGUGAAUCCUACUUGUCUUCUUUGUUUCUCUUAGUUUUAAGAGCAUUUUGAGUAUUUUUGGAGCAUUUCAGAGUUCAGUUGUGAUUGUAAGACUCUCCCAGUGAGGUCAAGGUCGUUGAUUGAAAUUUUAACUCUGAAAGCUGUCAUGGACAAAACCGUCUCAUCACAUGAAUCAUCAAAAGAUUUGUAAAACUCAGAGCUGGACCCUGAUAUUCUUCAUCAGAUACUAUUUUUCUAACUGUGAAGGUCAGUAGUUAUUCACGCUCCAUGUUUUUUGGCGUGUCUGCACAAAGCAAGUCAAAAUUUUUAAUACUUUGUUUUUUUUGCAUACCAAAUGUUUUAAAAUGUCAGUUUUCAAUAUUUUUUACUCUCAAUAGUAUUGAAAAGAAUCAAAGCUCAUGAAAGCGUAGCUCUACAGUCAUUUUCAACCAAAAGCUCCUGCAAACAAAAUAAAAAGAGAGCUGGCAGCUGGAGUUAACUGAUAAAGAGAUGUGGUAAAAGGAGAGAGAGUGCUGGCAAAGAUAAGAAAGUGGUCAAAUUAAGGAACAAGAUGUUAUUUUCUGCUGGUUAAAUAGUGGUUACAGGGAGAUUUAAAGAAACAUGUAACGACUGAUACGAAUAAAAUGACUACAGGUAGGAAAUUUAAAUAUAGUAAGGAUAACAAAAAUUAUGGAUGUCCCAAUCCAUUAUUGAUAUCGGUUUGUUAUCAGUAAAAAAGUAAAUAUCGGAUUAUAUAACCCUGCAUCUUAAAUCUGCGAUACAAGCAGUCCAUUCCUGACUCCCCUCCAGCACCUUUAUCUAGCAUCGCCUGGAUCCAGCAUGCAGAGCCCACGUUAUCACAACAACAAUGUGUACAAAGGGACUAACAAAGUAGCAAGGAGUAGGAGUGAUGUCGGCCAUUUUUUAUCAAAGUCCGAAAAAGACGUUGCAGCUAAAUAGAAAACUUGUCAUGCACAAGUUUGUGCCAAAAUCAGAUCAAUAUCGGUAUAUCGGCUGAUACUGAAGGCUACAAUAUCAGUAUUGUAUCGAAAGUAAAAAAGUUGUAUCAGGACACCCCUAACAAAAAUCAAUUUUGUGUGCCUAGGAGUUCUUUUCGUUCAAGAUUUAGUUUGAUUUCUUUUCUUGUAUUGUGUCAAAGUUAAAAACUUUGGUAUUGUGACAGGUCCAGCUAACAAGUUCGUCUUAUAAACAAACAGUUUCGUCAAAGAGAAUUAUUUUCACCCAGUAGGUUCAAUAUUUCUGAGAGCACCUGACUCAAUCUCAGUAUCAGUGCCAGUCAGGACCGAUGCUACCAGUUUCAUCCAUCUCUCAUCGAACUAAUUGUAUUUAAUGCAAUAUGUUGAGCCAUGUAAAGUUAUCGUAAAGUAAGAAAAUUUGUUCAUCCUGAUGAUACUCUGAUUGUGAGCGGUUUAUUAUAGUAAACAGAGUUCGGAGUGCUUGUUCUAUACAGAGCUGGGUCCUCAUAUUGAGCGAUGUAGCUGAUAGGGGGGAAAAAGGGUCUGGCCUGCCAAGUCUGAUGCCUUUGAUGACUGAUUCAGAGCAGCCAGGCCUUAGGUUGUGUAAAAGCCCCUCUGUGUCUCUGCAGUGAGGGGGCGGCCUUGAAACAGCCACCCCUCUCUCAGUCAUAAUCGUCUUAAACAAGCUAUCGCAUUGUUUCUGAGCUUUGUUAACUAUGUGUGAUGUUCUUCUCUGUCAGGAACAGGAUAACACCCUGCACACGAACAAUAGACCAAAUCUGAGCCGUGGGCUUUUAGGAGAGGUGUUUGAUGAGAAGCAAGUAGCAAUUUCAGUCAGCCGGUGUUGUUCACACUCUUUCUUUCAGCAGAAGUAGAAUUAUAUUGAAAAUACUCUAAAGAUUAUAACCCAGCGCUCUGAGGGCCCGGGUACUUGGCAGUAGCGCCCUGUUGCAUUUCAAACAUUUUAGUUGGAUGUGUCAGCAGGAAGAUUGAGCUGAAUUCUUCCAAGCUUUCUUGAGCUAAUUAAAUUGGUCAUGCUUUUGGCGAGUACAACGCAACAUGUAACAAAAUACCCUUUUCACAGCGUUGAGAUUGAUGAGAGCUCCGAGGCUGUACAAACUAAUUCCCCGAGCCCCAUUUGUCCGUGACUCCUGGCCUCUGCCAGCGUGCAUGAGGAAGAAACUACUCAGCGGCGGAUUUAAGGGCCCGCUGAUGUGUAAAGCAGAGGUUGAAAUGGUGAGUAACGGCUGAGCAACAGAGUCGAGCUUACUAACGCAAACCCCGGGGCUUUUGGAGAAUAUUCCUUUUAUGGGGUCUAUCUCUGUGACGACUCCAGCGGGGCAGAGUUGCUAAAGACAUGACUAAGGCAGUAACCGAGUUGUUGGCAGGCAACACUGUGAAACAGUGGUAAGACCUUCACAGAAUGAGCCUGUCAGCAAUAGGGCUAAAAAUAAGAAACCCUUAAGCUGAAAGGCGGCCUCAGAGAGCGUCUAUCUCUUUUGUUUAGAUGAAGUGAGGAGUCAAUGAGCGAGUGUUAUCUGUCCCCUCUGUUGAUGGGCCUUAACCUGGGCCUGCUGCUCCGUGCUGGGAAUCUUUAAACCAUCUGGGGAUUCCCGAGUCACAGCUGCUUUCUCCUGCUGGAAUGAUGUGUGAAAUGUGUGGGUUUCUUCGCUUGUGGCUGUUAUUUUUCUUUCUCCCUCUCUGCCUCCCUUCUUCCUCAACUCCUCUUUUCCAGGCAUGGCUCAGUGAUGGUCUGUGGAGGGAGGUGGGUGGGUGGGGUGGGGUUGGGGGGGGGGCUGAGCGUUGAGCUAGCAGCAGUAUGCCUCCCGCCCACUCCCUCUCCAGUCUUCCUCUCGUGCUUCCUGUGGGAUUGAAGAGGAGUAUGGUUUUAACAGGGAAGGAGAAGGAGGAAAAAAAAAGACGGGCGGUGGGGGGAGUUGUCUUGGCUCGGAUGGCCUUCAAUAGGGAGAAUGUCUGGACGUUAUAGAGGAAGUGGGCUGUACAUUUCAGGAGAAUGGGGGUUGCAUUAUUGGAAUUCAAAUGGGACAGGAGCAAACGGAGGCCUGUGUGAGUUUUGGGUAGCAAUAGUGGGCUUGUUUGGUGCCUUCAUGAAAGAGUAAUGGACUUUCCACAGGGCAUGUGGGAGGAGAAUGAUCUGACUAAUGAUAUGUAUUGCUUGAUUAUUUGAGCCAUCACGUCGGGCUCUUCUUCUAUUGGCCACAGCUGGAGAAUAAUGGAUGUGCAGCUGUGUUUAACUACUUCCGAUAAAUCAAGUUGGUGCCCAGUAAUUAAUGCCUUUUUCAAUGCAGCUUCUAUCAUUUAUGGUUUAUUUACCUCGUCUGUCGUGGGUAUCGCUGUUGGAUAAUGAAUGCAUCAUUGAUUACUGAGAUAUAUGGGGAGUGUGCUGAUUAUUCACAGCAGCGGCAUGAAUACAAUUGAAGAUUGUCAUGAAAGUCUGCUACUGCAAAGCAAAUAAAAAACAGGGUUUGUACUGAUGUGUAUAAAUGCUAGAAACCAUUAUCCAUAUGCUACUUAGUUACUAACUAAAAGCUGAGCAUUUUAAUACACAGUCAAGUUAAAAAUAAACCUGUGUAUCUUUAUAAUUCAUAUUUAUCCGGACAUAAAAACACUGAAUGCACUUUAACCCUAGUUUUAGCUUUUACUUUUGGUUUCUCUUGAACCUUAUUGUUCAGCUACCUUCUGUGUUGUUAUGCAGCUCUAUGUGAAGUAAUGCAGUUUAUGUUGUCUAGUCUCUGCAAGAAUAUACGUCAAUACUUCUGUCCUCAGUCUCUCUCCUUCUUUUCUGGGCUUUAGCAGUUGACACCUCAAGAGAUAAAUGACAUAUUAGUACUCAACAAAAAAGAGAUUCACUCAUCAGCUCUGCUGCUGGUGCACAUUAUAAGUUAUAAUAGGGCUGGGCGAUAUGGCCUCAAAUCAAUAUCCCGAUACAUUGAGCAGUACACCUCGAUUACGAUAAAUGGACGAUAACUACUCCACAAGCUGCUCCACCCCUCCCACAUUAACUAUAACUCCAGCCGCUACAACUUUCAAACCGUCCCCCAUCUCUUCACCUGUCUUUCCCUCUUUGUUACGGACUGGAUGGGGUGGAGUUACGUCUCUGAUCUAGGACAGCGUCUUAAAGGGACAUGAAACCAUAGACUACCUACACACAUCCACCAACUACACCAACUUUUAUUUAUUUAGUUUUUGACACCGAACAUACGGGCAAAAUGAUGUUGGUUAUUGUCGUAAAAUUUGGUAUCUGUAAAUUUUCGGUUUAUCACCCAGCCUGACAUUAUAAUAUAUAAAAAUUUUGCUGAGCCUGUGAAUUCAGUGAGCCAACAGGAACUUAAGUUUUCACCAGUGUCAACAGGCUGAGGUCCUUUAAACAUAUCAUUUAAUUUGAUAUAAGUGUGAUCAGUUUGAUCCCAGUUGAGAAUACUGUUGUUUGGGGAUUUUGACCAAUCAAAACCAAAUGUCCAGCACAGCUUGGUAAUAACACUUGAGAUAUUUAUCAACGUAUUUUAAGUGGAUUAAUGAGAAUGCCAUGAAUGUUAUUGAAUUUCUGUGUAUUAUUCCUCACAUUUUGAAAAGCAAACUUGUGCAAACUGUUUCUUUAACUUGAUCAAUUAUUGAUUUCUAAAUUUGAUGUGUUGUUAGAGAGUGAACACUCAAAUAGAAGAAACACCCACAUAGAAAACACUUCUACUACUGCUGCCUUUUAACAGGAAACUCGUCUUAUUUUUCCAGAAGUAUUAUCUUUGUCAUAAUGAUGAUCCACAGACAUUUAAUUUCCUUUGGACCUACUUUUCCACAGUUUUUUUUUUCCUACCAAAAGUGUUGACUCUGAUGUUUGAGAUGCUGAAUAUUUCUGCUGAACUUUGUAAAUAUCGUUAUUUUAUUUGGAUGAGCAGCUGUGUUGAGCUGAUUUAUAUGCCUACAGGUCUUAAAAUGCUGACCACAGUAUGCAGCAGUGUGAGUAUACAUGCUGUAUCCCUGUGUUUGUGCAGAACCUAAAUCCACAGUUUCCUCACACUGAGGUGCAGAGUAAACACGAACACGGCCCGGCCACAGGUAUCUGGAGUGUCUCACUGACUGGUAGAGAGUGCUCUUCAGGAGCGGAGAGUAAACAUCAGCCUGUUUGGUCUUUAUUUGGUCACUUUGCUGAGCUUUUAACAGACUAAACUUCACUGACUGAGGCAGAGCCGGUGAGUUAAGUCUCAGGGCUGAACUGUUUAGAGGAUGUGUGACGUAUUCGCUGAGAUGCUUCAUUUGCUUGCGCUCUACAGCUGGCCUUUCACAUGGUUCGUCCCCUUUGUCAGCCUCCCUGAAAAGGUCAGCUAUGUUCAUACAUCAAGUGUGAAGCUUUACACCCCCUUUUCACUUUUUGACCCCACAGCCGGCUGCUGUGUCCCACUUCUAUAUCUCGGUUAACUUAACCACAAACCACUCCUAACUUUCCUUUUUUUCCCCACACUUCCUUUGCAUCAGACCUCUGUCUCCAAUACAUUACAUUUGUCCUCCUCUUCCUACUCCUCCACACGAGUCCACAAUCAGCUACCAUCUGGUUCAGCAUCACAGGGUAGCCGUCUGGAACUAACCCUAUGCAAAGAUCAACUUCCUGAGAUGUCAAAGGGACUUGUGUUAUUGCAUUCACUGGGGACAGGGAGGGAAAGUGGGGGGUAUCCUCUCGUCCUUAUUGGCCCCUUCUUUUUCUUCUCUGAGGCCCCAAGAUGUUUUCUCCAAGGGAUUGAUGCAUCUCCCACGCAGAGGAAGACAGCACUUCCCCUCUGCAGACGGCAGGAUAUCAUGAAAUUCUGUGUCAAACUACAAAGUGUGUUUGUACAGCGAUGGUACACCAACAGAGAAUGGACACAUUUCUAUUUGAGCUUCAUUUGACAUUUGAUCCUUCAUCUCCUCCUGAAUCCGAGCCAGCCUGAGAGGAAGUAUGUGCACAUUAAAAAUCAAGGAAGUGGCUUUCCUUUCCUGAUAGGGGAUAGCUUUGAGAGAUUUAUGCCUCCUUAGAAUUUGGAGGUCUGGAAAUUUGAGUUACGGUAACCCCUGGUGAGCCCCGAGCUUAAAGCGGGGCCAAUAAAAGCAGAACGUGUGCUUUUUUUUCCUCCUCUUAUCAACAUGUUCCUCCCAUACAUCUGCAGAGACAUUGGAGGGUCACCAUAAUUUACCUCUAAAUAGGGCAAUUAAUCUUGGCAUUGAUUUGUUAUCAGCAGAGGAACAGUCCUUAUUGAGUUACAUAAGAUACUCUCCCGUAAUGCUGCGGACUUAGAGAGAGAAACAAACAGGUCAUGUCACUUAGUAGGGUUACUUCCCAUUAAUUAUGUGUAACUUUUCAGAUAAUUUGAUUUCCAGACUCUGGACACAGCCUAAUUGAAUUGCAGGUAGUGAAUUAGAGGAAGACAACACAGCAGGAUCAUGUCUGUCGUCUGUAGAAAGGUAUAAAGCUUGAUGGUUUAAAGGUAUUGCGUGACUCAGUGUGCCAUAGGAAACCAUUAGAUGAAUAAGGGAUAUUUUUCUUGACAAGUCCAAGGAAAAUUGAGUCGAAUGGAUUUCCUCUCACGGACAGAAACUUCCAAAGUUUCCUUCAAACAUUUAAAUGAGACCUCAAAAUGUAAUUUUCCUUCGACUUUCCUUUGGUUGCUUUUGGGAUUAAGACUGUUUCGUUUGAUCUUACCGUGUUUGGUUAAUGUCCCUCUAUUGUUUACUGUAAAUUUUGUCUUCCAUGACUUUGGUUUCUCUUACCCAAGCUUCACUGGUAGCUCUUCGGUUUCUGUGAAUAAAUAGAAAGUUUGAAUUUUACAGUUUGGUGCCAGUACAUAUUAAAGGAAAGAGAAGUAGCAAAAGCAAAUUAGCUUGUCCUCAAUCAUGUCUGCCUUUGGAGAGCUUUUAAACAGUUUUGGCAAAUAUAUUGGCAUUUGGACAGAAAACUGAACUAUUGUCCUUCAUGUAGGAAAUUUGUCCAGGGGUGCGGUGUCCAUCGGCUAGGACAAAUUGCAUACAGAGCAUUAGUACAUACACGAACAUUCAAGCUUCAAACAUCAACGCGCAAGUAUUGCACAUGAAUAAAGUGACCUGAGUGUUAGAAGGAGUUCGACUUUCAUAAUCAGAAGACGGGACAUGAAAAGUUUAAGGUUAAGACAACUAUGCCCGACAAUAAUACAACUUAAAAGUAUAAAAGUAAUGUACUAAGAGCACAAGACUAAAGAUUAAAAAAGACGAGAAAGACUAAAAUCCCUGUACAAAAAGGGUAAGAAUAAAAUUAAGUGCACAGGUCUCAGAAAUAAAUGAGUAUAAAUAAAUAAGUACAAAAUAGCAAGAAAGAAAAGAAAGAUCGGUACAACUCUCAUGAUUGGGAGAAGCGAGCAUCCAGUUAGCUUUGCAAGAAAAUUGGAAACAACCAACAACAGCUAGCAUGAUCGAAGCAAAACUGGUGAACCAGCUCCUCCAAAGUUUUCUAAUCAUCAUUUUCCUCCGAAAUCUUAAAAAUCAAAGUGUCCAACUGUACUUUUCUGUUUUUUUUAUUUUUUUUAUGGUGGAUUAUGUAUCUACGGUGGACGAGAACUGCCACUGCUGCAAAUAAUAAGAAUGUAAAAAAGUAGAAGCCACAAUGGAAGUCACCGAUGGGGAAAAAAAGAAACUGAAGCCCGCUGAAGAAACAGAUUUUUUUUUUUAAAGCUACAACAGAAGUUCAUUACACACAAAAAAAGUGGCGAUGCAAAAAAAGAAAAAAAAAAAGAGUCACUACAAAAAUAACAGAAUGCAAAUAAAAAAAGCCACAACGGAGGGUGAGCUGCUGGGAACUAAUGAUAAAAAAAAGUGAGGGGUCUGCAUACUUAUUUCUAUGAGUAAAGCAACUGAACCGUAACGCUACCGAACUUGACUCUACUCUCGUGGGUCUUUUGGGGCGUUGUGGGUUUCCCAUGUUAGCCAAAGCUAACGCUACACCAGCAUUCUCAAGUUCAACUUCAUAUCGAUUCAGGCGCAAAAUGGCCUAACCAAAUGACACAUCGAAAAGCACACGUAGUGAAAUCAAACAAUAACAUUUCUACUCACUUCUUUGUUUGUCUUCUCGCCGUCGUCUUCUGUGGCUAGAUCGUAAAACACUGGUGCAUCAUCAGUAUUGGUCCCUGGAAGCUCACUUCCGUUGUGGCUUUUUUUUUAUUUGCAUCUUUUUAUUUUCGCAGGAAGUCCCUUUUUAAAUUUUUUUUUAUUUUUUAUUUGCAUCGCCACUUUUUUUCUUGUGUGUGUGUCGUUAACUUUUGUUAUGGCUUUGUUUAUCUGCACCAUUUCUUUUUUCAUUUGCAGUGGGCUUCGGUUUCUUUAUUUCUUUUUUUUUUUUUUUGCAUCGUAACUUCCAUUGUAACGUCUUUUUUAAAAAAAAUUUAUUUGCAGCAGUGGCGGUUCUCGGCCACCGUAUGUAUCAAGUAGAGGCAGACGUAUCACAUAAUAGGUCUCAGUGAAGCUAAAACACUGAUUCACCCGCCUUCUCUGCAACACUAACUUGUGAAUACUUAGCUAGAGUGUGGUAUUUGCGUGUGUGUGUGUUGAGUUAGAGCCCAGAAAAUAAGGUACAAAUACUGUAUUGUAUCAUUUACAGUAAAUAUUAUUGCAGUCUAACCGAUCUCAUAGCCUGCAGAAACAAAUAUCCACCAAACACCCCUGAUUUCCAACACUAGUCCCCAAGUAAACACCGUGAGAGCCACAUAAGACCGGAAAGCUUAGAUGACUAAUGAUCAGGUUGAUCAAGUUGAGCUCCAGAUGGGUGCCGGACGCUACAGAGCAAUCCAGGAAACUCUUUUAAGUUUUACACUUUCUAACACACACACACACACACCUACCCCACACACAUGCAGCAGAGUAGAGUCUUGAGUGAGAUAUGAACCAGAACUGCCACGCCUUGCUCCUUGAGUUACCUCCUGAACAUUAUGUGACGACAAUACAGCUGGAGGAAAUGAAGCAAUCUGUAAUUAGCGUUCUUUGUCACAGUAUCAGUUACGUCACUGAAGGCUCCACCCAUAAAUUUUGGCAGAUUGCAGACAGAAAUCAGUGUUUUGGUGGUGUGUUUGAUGAGUCAAAAUAGGAUCAGACACUGUGGAAUAAAAAAGUUCCCAGUCUUCCCAGUCUUUAUUGUCUGUCUGCACUGGCAGAAAGGUAAUUUUUAAUUGUGCAACCUUUAUAUGACGCUUUAAACUGAAUAUGACAGCCAUUCACUCAUAAUAGGAGGAAUAUGUAAGUCCAGGUAUGAGGCAAUCAUCCCACAGUUUCAAUCUGACCUUGUUUCUCUCCCCCCUGUAAUGCAGCCUGAUGAGGAAGUCAGUUUAUGGUCCUAGAUAUCAGGUCACCUACCACCUGCAAACGGAGUUUUGAAAUCACAACUGCAAUGUUUACUGUUAGCUUGAGCAAUCAACGUUUUUAUUCUCUUCCUGGUGCACAACAAAAGAUUGAGCCUCUUGCGGGGGCAGUUUGUUAAACCUUUCGUCACCUGCUGAAUGGAGACUUUACUGCUCAUCAUAAACUUAAACGAAACAAAACAUACAGGCAGGAAACAGCACCUGGGAUUUAUACAUACUGUACAUAUAUGAUAACCAACGAGUCAAUUAGUCAUAGUCAGUGUUUUCAUGAGCAAACAGUCCACUUCAGGCUGAUUGAUAUUCACAUCUUCCAAGUGAUGGCAUCCUUAUAGUUGUGUUUCCAAGCCUUAUUAAUUCAUGAGCAGCUAAUUACAGCUUUAAUUAAAACAAUCAGCUUGGUGUUGCUAGUCUGCCUUUUGUUGCUUCCUGGACUUGGGGGGGUGCAGGACUGCAUGGCUGAUGUUGGGAGGGUCCCUCAGGGGGCGAACUGAUGAGAAGGAGGUGAAAGAAGAAGUAGGAGACAGAUGUUUGUGACUAAUUCUCACUGAUACGACGCUUCAGUGCUGUUGAUUUGUGUGAAGUCUAGCCAACAAUAACGAGGAAAUGCACAAAGGAUGAGGUGAAGCGUAAAAUAACGGCCUCUGAAACCAGUUUGACUGAGUAAUAUUUGCAAAAUUUGGUAAAUCAGACAUGCUGGAGUGAAAUUACAGUUAUUGUCACGUUUGGUGUCGUGAGGUGUGUCUCAGUGUUUGUGUUUUGGCUUUCUUCGAGUCAAGAGCCGACAUGUCGAGGAAUGUGACCCACAGGACGUUACACCGACACCAUCGUUUCUGAAAAAGGAGGAAGAAUAUUGUUGUUUUUCUGACCUGAUUGCGCAAGUCAACCGCAAAUGAGAGCCUUAAAGAGAAAAUCAUUAUCUGCUCAUUAUGAGUGCAUGCAGAGCGUCUGCGUGUGUGCGUGUAUGAGAGUGAUGUCGAUGGUGUUAGACACAGCUGACUCUCUUCUGUGCCAGCCAGAACCUGUCCAACCAGCUGGGGGAAUGAUAACACGCUUUCCCAAAAACUCCUCCUGUAAAAACUACCACUAUGAGAAAGCCUCUGUGCUUAUCAGUAAUUCCGCUCUCCUUAUCCAGAACUUUAAUUGCAUAACUUCUUAUCAACCCACAAUUGUGUUCCAGUGAAUCUCCCUAGCAAUGUCUGUGUUGUAUCAAACUGAAAACCGCCUGGAUCAGCGUUCGAUUUAAGCCCGGAGAUUUUAUGAAGUCAUGUCAAGAACCUGCCCUAAAAACACACGUGUUUUAACAAGGCUAGAGUUAUUGAAUCAUGUAUUAAUCAUGAGAUUUAGAGAUAUAAAGUUCCCCCAAAGACUCACACCCACAAAUCUCAUGGAAUAUAUGACACACUGUGAAUCUUUUCUCUGAAAUGACACAAUGGGCCCGGAGAUGCUGGUUGCAGUGUUUUUUUUUAAACUCGUCUUCAUUGCAGUGGAAAGAUUGAGGCCUCUGCCAGUUCACUUUGACUGAUGAGCCAGAAUUCGCUUCGUUGGUGAGAUCUGAUUCUGACUCUAGAUGCAACCCAGAUCCCUUUUUUUUUUUCAAAUUACAGACAGCCAAGUUAUGACUGCGCAGACCAAGAUUCACAAACAGAGACACAGGCACAGAACGUUGUAAAAGGAGCCAACGUGUUACAUAAGCGGAGAAUGUUUGUGAUGACAGCAGCAUGGGCCUCAGAUAAAUGAUGAUACAAGUGCUCUUAAACGCUCUAACACUCUUCUUUUCCUUGCAGUAUGUCAAGGCAUCACCAACCGAUUAAACCUCCUGGGCUCAAAAGACGACCACUAUCUGAACAUGGUGAAGACCUACAGCAACUGCACCGUGGUGCUGGAAAACCUGGAGAUCACCUACAUGGAGGAGCAUCGUGACCUGUCCUUCCUCAGGGUGAGGAUUGCACAUAAAUGAUGAUGCACAAAGCAGACGAGAGGGUUCCCUAUCAUCAGUUUAUUUAAAGUUGUCUCUUUGGUGGUCUAAAGCCGGUCUGUCAGACAAUCUAUCCUGGAUCUUUAAAGGCUCGUUGUCGCUGCUCUUAUCGCUUCAGUGCAGAUAAUUAAAAUCAGUGGGGAGUGAGUCCAUAGUGACGGAUGAUUCAGUGUGUUUAUGACGCUCCGGUUGGAGCUUUUGCUUGAACCCCAGCUGUAAAGACACGGCUGCGAACGCUGGAGCAGAUGUGAAGAGGGACCACACACACACACACACACACAAACUCACAUGGAAGCUCGCACACUCAAAAGUAGAAGAAAAUACAGUCAGCAGAUAUCGUGAGGGAGUUUGGGGGAUUUAAUUUCCACUUGUGGGGUGGGGAGGGGGAGGCCAUAAUUACCUCUACACUUUUUCCAUGUCUAUUUUUGUCUUUCUCUAAGAUUGUCUGUGAAAUCUGACUUAAUGGAGUCCAGCAGCUUCAUUCAGAUCGAGACGAGCUCUGAGUUGAUAAAAAUGCUUAUGUGUGCACCAACCUUAUCUUCAGUUGUUGUCAAACACUUGAGGAAGCAGUUCAGCAGGUUUAUAUUAAUGUCCUUUUUUUUCUCCGGGUUCGAUAGAUAUGUAGUAUCUGUACACGAAUUAUGCGUAAUGUGUUUAAGUAUGUAUCAAAGAUUUAUUUUAACAGCUGACCACAACAUCUAUUAAUUUAACUUACUAUAACAAAAUUGGGUCUAUUGAGCUGAUUAUAUGAAAACACUAAUAUCUUAUGGGACCCAAAUCUCAUGGUUUUGUGUUUAAAAGGCUAAAUAUAAGUUCUGGUACGUGACAAACAUGAUUGAUUGUGUAUAAAAGCAGUAAACAGCAUCCUUGAAGCUUCAUAUUUUAUUCACUUUCAUUGUAGUUCUUGUUUGGAAAAAUCCUGACGUUGCAAAUUAGCUCCAGUUUCCAACAACAACAACAACCUUCUCAUAUUUUUCCACAGUCGAUUGAAGAAGUUGGCGGCUACGUCCUGAUUGCCCUCAACACGGCUUCCAGGAUUUCUCUGGAGAACUUGCGCAUCAUUCGAGGACAUUCACUCUACGAGGGAGAGUUUGCUCUUUCCGUGUUAGCCAAUCAAGACAAAGCUUCAGGUCAGGGCACCAGUGAGCUCCUCCUAACCAGCCUCACAGGUCAGUCCAUAUCUAUGUUUUUUUGAGGACUUAUUGCAGAGUUGUUCAAGAGCUGUAAAAGUGUGAAUGUGUGGUAAAAUUGUUUGUGUGGUUCUUAUUUUCAGAAAUUAUAAAAGGUGGUGUAAAGUUUGGGCCUGGCCGCCUGUGUAAUGUCGAGACAAUACAGUGGUACGACAUCGUCAAUGCAGAGAGCAAACCUGUUAUGGAGCUGCCGAUGGCCAGCAACAACCCCCGCUGUGAGUAAAACAUCGAUUUAUACAUCUUCAAAGAAUUGCAGUGUUUUAAAAUCAACAUUUGACCCUUUAAAUUUCUUUUAUUCUGCUUCAACAGGUCAAAGAUGUGAUUCAAGCUGCUUCAACGGGUCAUGCUGGGCACCUGGUCCUCAAAACUGUCAGACCUGUAAGAUGACCUUUUAGGCUUUUUCAUCAUUUUUAAGAUUUGACAAUUAACCUACUGUAUGUGGAGGCAACACUUAAAGGGAUAUUCCGGCAUAAAAUUAAUGUAGGGUCAAACACACCGUAACACUGAGUUACACACCCCCCCUAGAGAUGAAUGACCGCUUGUUUCUCUAGUUAAACCAACUUUAGUAACGACCACAGGAUAGCAAUACACAGCUGUCUGAGGAGCCAUUAACAAACCUCAACAAAAAGCCACUCUAUAGCCACAAAUAAUGCUCAGAACAGCACCUAACUUCAUCAACAGUAGCCAGGCCAGUCCAUUACGGACUGCAGCGGGGUUGCACAGCUCAAGGAGGAACAUUUAUGAUCAUUUCUUCAUGGAAAUGCAAAUGAUAAAGAAAUUAUCAUAAAUGUUCUUCCUUGAGCUGCGUCACCCCGCUGUAGUCCGUAAUGGACUGGCCCGAGGUUUCGCUACAAACAAGUGGCUGCUGAAAGAGAGUUGGUGAGUUGUGUUUAGUCUCUUUGCUAAAGAAAUUAGGCAAAAUUAAAAAGAUGUUUGGUGGCUAGUACUAUGGCUGAGACCCUAUAUGUACUGUUGAUGAAGGUAGGUGCUGUUCUGAGCAUUAUUUGUGACUAUAGAGCGGCGUUUUGGUUGAGGUUUGUUGAUGGCUCCUCAGACCGUUGUGUAUUGCUAUCCUGUGGUCGUUACUAAAGUUGGUAUAACUAGAGAAGCAAGCGGUCAGUAACAUUUAUUCUUUGAGGGGGUGUCUAACUAGGUGUUACGGCGUGUUUGACCCUAAAUUAAUUUCACACCAGAACAUCCCUGUAAAGAGUUCUACUUUACUUCUUUCAAAAUAAAGGACUUUAUUUAAACCCCAGAUGAAAAUUGACAUUUUGCAGCAGCACAAGGAUAUAGUUUGAGUCCUGUUAGAUGCCAAAAGAAUUAACAUUUUCUGUAGUGUCCACUUUGCUGGUGGUAUCAUUAAAUAUAAGCCGUAAGCGCUCUGUUUUGCAUAAUGUGGUCUGUUAUCAACAUUUUUACUACAUACUAUAGCAGCAAGGUGAUAAUCAGAUGCAAAUAUGCUUCAUUGUUUGCACCAUGAUUUAAAAAUCUAUCCACGGUUUUAAUAAAGCAAAGGAAAAAAAACUCGCCAGAGGUUAUCUCACUGACGUUGUCCUGCUCCAUAUUGCAGUAACUAAGCUGAAUUGUGCGCAGCAGUGCUCUAAAAGAUGCAAAGGACCUUCACCCAGCGACUGCUGUAAUGAGCACUGUGCUGCAGGCUGCACGGGACCGAGGCCAACAGACUGUCUGGUGAGAGAAAGAUACCUUCAUAUGUAGGACAAGAGUAAUGGAGGAGAAGCUUAAACAAAAGAAAACACUCUGAAUGUUUUAUGCGACUGCAUUAAAUCUGGAUUUGAAGCCUCCAAUAAAACAAAGCCCUCAUUCAGCAGCAUCUGCUUUUAUGAUCAGAACUUGUAGCUGUUAUUGGUUUCAGUACCAACGAGACAUAUAACUGCAGAUUAAAUCUUUCAUCUGGCACUGCCUGGAGUAUCAGCGUCUGCUCUCGCUCUCUCUCUCUGUGCAGCUCUGAGGAUUAAGCUAAGGCUCUGAUAGAGGAAUGCAGUGUUAUCAUUACUGUGAGGCUGUGUUAUGGUCCCAGACUGCUGGAUGACUGUUGUUUGUGCUGCAGGCCUGUCGGGAUUUCCAAGAUGACGGGGUGUGUAAGGACUCCUGCCCGGGCCUCAUGCGCUAUGACCCCAACCUGCACCAGCUGGUACCCAAUCCACACGGGAAGUACAACUUCGGGGCCACCUGUGUCAAGAGCUGUCCACGUAAGAAAAGCCAUAAACAAACAAAACCUUUUAUUUUUUAUUUUUAGCCAGAAAAAGUUCCCAAACCUUCUCGACACUGAGACAUUAAUCACUUUACAUAAAUGCCUUCCCUGUAACUCUUAUCUUGACAGCCAAGACAAAUAAAAGAAAAGUAGGUUGCUUCAAUGGCCCAUAUGAAACACACCAUGCAUGAUUAUGAGCUUUUUCACUUUGUGAUAAGCUGAACAAAGUGGCCUGGUUGUCCUUCAGAGCUGUUAGACAUUCAGUGGUUACAGUUAGCCUCCGUUUAAUUAUAAACUGUAUAAACACGGAAAGAAAAUGAUUGAGUUUCAGGGCGUGUUAAUGCAACACUGCUCUCUCUCAGUUUAACUCACGCAGCUCUGUCCCGGAGUAACUCAGACUGUAUUCCUUACAGUUUUUUAAUAUACUCUACUGUAUAGCUCCACUGCUCAUAUCUUAAAUAUUAAUUCAGAAUUAUUCAAUUUUUUGUUGGUUCCUUUUUUCGCCCUUAACCCUUUCAUGCCUUUUUUAUCAUAUUUGAUACAUACUUUUAUAUACUUCUUUCAAAUCUGUAUGAUCAACAAAUUACUAAAAAAAAACACCUGAAUACAGUCCGAUAAAUGAUAAAAAUGUCCUUGUAGUUUAUCAGUUUCCAAAAACAUCUAAUGUAUCAAACAAGAUAAAUAAAAAAAAUUGUUAAAUUUUAAGGACAUUUUGAUUUUUUUUGGCUUUCAGUAGGAAGUGAAAUAAACAUUUCAGCUCCAAAAAAAACCUGAAUAUUCUGGCCAUAAUUUGUGGUGUCACGCAUUAAAGGACUAAUACUCAAUAAAAUUCAACCUGUAGAUGUUACACUUUACAUGAUUGCACAGUUACAGCUUGUAUUUUGCAAUCACUGCAGAUAACUAUGUUGUGACUGAUCAUGGAGCGUGUGUGCGGACGUGCAGUGGUAACACAUACGAGGUGGACGAGGGAGGAAUCAGGAAGUGCGCCAAGUGUGAAGGGCCGUGUCCGAAAGGUAGGAGGUUAAACCAUCACUGUGCAACCCGGGGACGCAUUUAUGACUCAUGUGUACGUUUUCCAAGUACACUGCAAAGCUGCUGGAAAUUCUGCUUCUCUAAAUUUCACUUAGUUACGAGGUGCAUCAGACCUAGGCUGGUAGCUUCACACUGUUUCCAGGAUUUAUGCUAUGCUUAUGGGAGCAUAGUUUAGACACAAAACCGUUGUUAUCAAGGUAUCUGUUUCAUAGCAUGAAAGACUGUAAAAAACUGGUUUGGCCUACUUCAGUGAGCUCAGUUUUAUGUGGUACGAUAUGUAAAGCUGAUAAAGGUCAUGACUUUAACUGCUUUGCACUAUUGUAAGUAAAGGGUCUGGAGGCAGGAGUCUUCCUGUCAUAGUUUUUUUAAUUAUUUGCACAGCUUGAUAAUAAAAGAGAUAACAGGAAGUUCCCAAAGCUUCAGUACUAAUCUGAAUUACUGUUUUUUUUUUUUAUGAUUUUCAGUGUGUAAUGGACUUGGGACAGGGAACAUGACCCGCAUCCUGUCCAUCAACGCCACCAACAUUGAUUCCUUUAAAAACUGUACUAAAAUCAACGGAAACAUUGCCAUCAUUCACACAUCCAUUCACGGGUAAGUCAGCAUCAUUUCAGCUGUUAUGCUAUUAUAUAUAAUCUGUGUCAGCUGCACCUUUAUGAUGAUUGUUAACAUGUGUCCCCGGCCAUCUGUAGGGAUACUUACACCAAAACACCGAAGAUGAUCCCCUCCCAGCUUGAUGUCUUUAAGACGGUUAAAGAAAUUACUGGUAAGGCUGUGCUAAACUUAGGAAAUGCGUGACGCAGUGAAUGCAAAAUUUCACAAUUAACUUUCCGCUUGUUGCUUCAGGAUAUUUGUGGAUUCAGAAUUGGCCGGAGAACAUGACCUCACUGAGUCCCUUUGAGAAUCUGGAGAUCAUUCGGGGAAGAACUAAACGGUAUGUUCCUCGUAAAGACCCCUGCAGAUUCACAACAGCUGGAUCAGAAGAAACCAAUUUGUUUUUCGGGCAUUGGGUAAUAUUCAAAGCCUCAUAAAACCUGCCUUUUGUUUGUUUGUUCACUGUUUUCCUUUUUUUUCUAGUGGGAGCCGCAGUAUGGUGAUGACUCACCUCAGUAUCCAGAGCCUUGGCCUUCGCUCCCUAAAAGAAAUCAGCGAUGGAGACGUGGUCAUCAUGAAGAACCAGAACUUGUGUUACACAGAGAAGAGCCACUGGAAGAGGCUCUUUAAAUCGGACAGCCAAACUGCUACCAUUGAGGAAAACUCUGAUCUUGAUUCAUGUGGUACAUAUAAAAAAAAUUCUUUCCCAAACCAAACUCAGUCACUCAUUCAUUGAUUUAACGCUUCUGCUCAUGAAAUUCACAAGACAGAUUUGAUUGAUGACCACUAAUUUCCUAAACUGGAUAAUUAUGAGGGAAAGAUCUCUUGUGAAGAUUGUUUGUUUGUUUUCAGAGCAAAGGAACAACACUUGCGACAGGAAGUGUACGGAGAACGGCUGCUGGGGUCCCGGCCCGGACAUGUGUUUCGCUUGCCGUGACUUCAGCCGUGAAGGGAGCUGUGUUGACUCCUGCAACAUCCUGGAGGGGUGAGGGAGGAGUUAGUGUUUUUAUGCCUUUUUAAUCUCUGAAAUGCUCUAUUCCUCUCUAAUUCAAACAAACAAACUGAGUAUCAGACGUGUGUGUUGUAGAAUUAACUCCUUCAAAACGGUUUUAUACCCUUAACAUUUCUACACUGGCGUUAAAUCAGUUUGGGGAUUUACUAUAAAAACUCUUUUAAGACUAAUUAAAAUCCUUGAUAUUUGAGGGCAGAACUAACACUGAGACUAAUACUUGUAUGAAAUUUGAGGCUGUUAUUUUUCUUUUCUUCCUUCUUUUUGUCAACGUAGUUCAUAUUAAACACAAAGACAAAGAUCGAGACAAAUACUGGCAAGAAAAUGUAUAAUGUGGGAGUACUUUAGCUUAAAAUAAUGCACAUAUAUCAUGAAGUGGUGUUUUCUGUCAUCCUUUCUUCAACUUUGUCCAUCUAGUCGCUGAGAUUUGGAGGCCCAAAGUCAUAUCAUUUCUUUGUUAUUGCAGUUUUUUGAAGUAGUAAAUAGUUUUCUUGACAAAUACAGACCUCUAAAAAACAGGAGCUAUACAUCACCGACCAAAAUCUCAACACGAAAUCUUUCUCAGUUACACAUAUAUCCACUCAGAAUGUCUCCACUUUCAGACACAACCACAUUUUCCAACCAAGUACUCUCCACUUUUGAGAGCUUGUGGAUGGAGGCCGUCAUUUUUAUGCCUUUGUUUUGUUCAAGAAAGAUGAAUUUGCAGGCUAACAGCCACUUCAUCCAGGACCGCUCCUUAUUGUCAAGACCCUAUGUUUCUCAACAAGGUGUUGCAUCAAAACACUGCAAAUAAAAAUCUCAAGAUUUUGCAAGUUGGACAGCGCUUGGGAGUCGGUGCCAAACUCCACUAGAUACAAGACAAAACAUUUCAGCUGAACUGGCACAUCAGUUUAUCUUUGCAGAACUUUUGUCAAACAUUGAAUCCAGACAUGCUUACAAUUUAACUCCUGGCCUCAAAAAAAAAGGUUGAAGAAUUUCACUUUACAUGUAACGGUUUGAAAUGUGGCGCAUCAGCAGCAAGAGUCUCUGAGCUUUGGUGUUGUUUUUUUUUUUUUUGCAGAGAGCCCCGGGAGGCUGUCAUGAAUAAAACCUGCAUGGAGUGUCACCCCGAGUGUCAACGCAUGAAUGGGACUGCAACCUGUAGUGCAUCUGUAUGUGAGAAACAUCUGUAAUAUUAAUAUAAACAUGACUACUGGGGGGCAUUAUACGAAAAAGGAUCAGGGCCACAAGACGAGAAAAAAAUAAUUACAGGAGGGAGAUAUUUUUUAAUUUCCAUUUCAAGAUUAAAGGCAAAAUUCUGAGAUUAAAGUUGAAAUUUAAAAAAGUCAAAAUUUCAACUUUAUCCAUGUCGACCUUAAUCUUGAAAUUUCGACUUUAAUCUCAAAAUUUAAUUUUUUUAAAUAUCAACUUAAUGGACAUAAUUUCGUUUUUUUAUCUCUAAAUUUUGACUUUAAUCUCCUUUCUGUCAUGUUUUUUUUUCUCUCCAUGUAGCCCUAAUCCUCUUUCGUAACAUUAUUUAUCAAUAUAGAAUCAAAGUUACACAACAGUUGUGAUGUUAAUAAACACAGAGUAUAAUAUAUUGAUAGAAAUUUAUCCUUUUAGGAAGGUUCCCUCAAGAAAUUAAAAAUUCAGUAACAUCAUCAUAGAAAAGAAAAAAAGAAUGAUCAAAUGUACAAUAUAUAUAAAGAAUAAAGAUAUAAUGGAAACUUUGGAUAAUUGAAGUAUUUGUAUAUAAAAAAGUAUGAUUUUUAAGACAUUUUGAGAUAUCUCAACAGGUGUUUUCUUUCAGCAUUUCACUCUUUUUUAGUCUUUUCCAGCCCUUUUGAAAUGUGUUGCCAGCAUCAGAUUCAAAUUGGGCUUAUAGUUAUCCAAAAGUAAUUAUAAAAUCCCAUUUUCAACAUUUGAUGUGUUUAUGCUGCUCCGUUUAAAUAUGGCGCAUCAGUCACAUCAGAGCUUUACAUCCUGUUCCCAUUUACAUCUCGCUCAUAAUCCCAACCUUCUGUCGAUGUUGACAGUAAAUGAUUUAGUCUGACGAUCAGAAUCAAAGACAAACUAACAAAUUAUGAAGCAUGAAUUCUGUCGCAGAAGCGUUGGUGCUACUAAUUUCUCCCUCAAACAAUAAUUGCAGUAAAGCCAAAAAACCUGUUUUGUUUGGACUAAGAAGUGUGGGUGUGAGAAGGCGCAUUAUCCAAUCUUGACUGCAAAGGAAAAGUUCUAGCACCUUUGUAGAGGCUGUAGAAAGAAACUGGGGAAUGAAGACGACUAUCAUUAUUGAAAGGUUGAAAGAAAGUAUUGGAUUGCAGCACUAGAUUACAUAAGCAUCGAGUUGUGUUGACGUGAAGUAGAGUUACCGACAUCUCUGUGUGAGUUUUUAUUACCUAACAUUUGCAUCUUUAUGGGGAAGAUGAAUUCAGCUUGCUCUAACAAAUUAUUACUAUGAGACAGUGCCGUUACCAUAAUAUUUACUACUCCUCUCAAGAGAGCUGUAAACAUCAGAGGUUGUUUUCUUUUUUUUUUCGUUUGCAGGGCUCUGGAAACUGUACAAAGUGUGCCAACUUCCAGGAUGGACUGUUCUGUGUGUCUCGCUGUCCACAAGGCGUGCCAGGAGAAGAUGACACACUGGUGUGGAAAUACGCAGAUGAGAUGAAAGUGUGCCAGCUGUGCCACCAAAACUGCACCCAAGGGUAACGGCAUUGUUCCGCCGACUUGAGAACUGGCACUAUGUUUCUCUAUUUUGCAGACAUUUGCCUGUUGUAAUGUUGUUGCAGUAACUUAAUCCAGGCCAGAAGGGUCAGUUGUGGUUAUGUUGGCAUGGGCCGGGGAGGAAAAGGUCAGCUUUCAAGAUGAGGCAAUGUUUCCCGAGAUUAAUGAUGAAAUCAGAGCUUUGAGGAGGGAUUUUGUGGACUAAGAUUAAAGGAAAAAUACAAGUAAUGUCACAUUCAUAUUGCUCCAAAAAGUUAGAGGAAAUCUGGAAUAUAUUUGACGUCAAUUGUUCUCCUAUUUCUCUGAAAGCGCACCAUGAUUUUGUAGAUUUCUUGAUUUUUUUUCCAUUUUAUCACCAUCAAGAUCUUAAAGGCGUCACUGCACUAUCAAGAAGUUUGACAGAAACAAUGGAAAUCAAACUUUUUGGCGUUUUUUAAAAAAUAUUAAAGUGACAUCAGGGAUUGUUUGAAUUUAAGGACAUUAAUUGCAAGGUGUCUGUGAAAUUUUUUUCUUACAUAGAAAUAAUUACUAACUUUGUCUUGCGUGGAUUUGAUUACAGGUGCAUCGGGCCUGGUCCUGAAGGCUGCAAGGGAAGGAGGUGAGUAAAUGUUUUCUGACACUAGUAUACACAGUGUCAAUUCAGCAUCCUAAUUUCAUCUCUCCUCGUUUAUUGAGUUAGUAUGUGAGCUCUGUUUCUUAUCUGCACUCUUAAAUCAGCUCCCAUCUGUCUUUCAGCACUUCCGGUCUUUCCAUGAUUGCAGCCGGUGUGGUUGGCGGACUGCUGGCUGUUCUUAUCGCCGCCCUGUCUGUCUUCGUGUUGCUACGCAGACGACACAUUAAGAGAAAGAGAACCAUGCGCAGACUUCUUCAAGAGAGAGAGGUGAGUUGAAGAGGCCGAGUCAUCCUUCUCGCAGGGAAAUCAAGAUGUUAAAAGUGGUUGUUUUUAAAGAAAACUUUGCUGUAUCAGACUUUAUGUUGAGUGUUCAUGCCUUCUUUUCCAGCUGGUUGAACCUCUGACUCCAAGCGGAGAGGCACCAAACCAGGCUCUGCUGCGGAUCCUGAAGGAACCUGAGUUUAAGAAAAUCAAAGUGCUGGGAUCAGGAGCUUUUGGUACAGUAUACAAGGUAUUACCGCGCUUAAGGUUUGUGUCUGAAAAUACCUUGUUGUCAAAGUCAUUCUUCUCCGUCUGGCUUUAUUGGAGCUGGAGUUCAGGGAUGCUAAAUAUGCCAAGUUUAUGUAACCAACACCCUCCGGUGUUUCCCUCAUUCACAUCUGUUGUCAAUUUUUCAAUUAAGAGACACAUUUUUAACUUGCCAGAUCAUGCAGAGCCAAGUACAAUCUCACUUUAAGAGCAAAGAGUGUGUGUGUGUGUGCUUAUACUUGAUUUAAUGUCAUUUUGAGUACACAUGUUUACAUUGUAGCAUGUGGGGACAUAUCUUUGGUGAUGGGCCGCUCUCCACAAAGCUGAAUCUCUGUAGUUUUUUUUAGGUUAAGGUUAGAGUAAAUCCCCAGACAAAGAAUGUAGGUUACCACAAUGUUCUUCCAUAGAGCAAAAAUAAACGUGUGUGUGUGUGUGUGUAGUCUACAACUUCUAUCUAUGUGAGGACCACUGUGACUUUUAGACCUUGAGAGUGUUUGGACGGUGUUGGAGGAUAAGCACAUUUUUUAAAGGUCUGUUUGAGGGUUGGACUCGGUUUUGGUCAAAGUUGAAGUUGGAGUCAACACUGGGCUCAGCCAAUUAGUUGUGGAAGUUAAAGGGUAAUUCUGGUAUUUCAAACCUUGGACUUCUUUUACAUAUUUUGUUUCUACAUGAGCCAAAUGCACAAAAAGUUUUGAAAAUGCUCCGGUACAUCACUUUUGCCAACAGCAAUAAAACGGGCUGCAGUGGCUGCGAGGUCAUUCGUAAAAGCAGCUCCACCUGAUUAAAGAAGCUCUACUUAAAGUGAUUGAUUUUCCCCUUGGUAUGUUUGGAUUGUUGUUUGAAGUGUCUCCAGAGAUAGACCUUUUUGUUAAAGAGUAACAUCUCUAUUGUGUAACCAGAAACAGAAAUCCCAUUUAGGUUGAGAUCCUGCCCUGAAAUGUUUGCAAAGGUGAACCACUGAUGGAAAGCCAGUGCUGAAAUCUGAGAUUAUCUCCUUUGGGAUCCUUUCCAUCACAUUGUCAAAAUUUAAAAUAACAAGCAUCUGUCUCUGGCAAUAACAAGGUUUAUAAGUUGACUCACUUCGUUUGGGAAUAGUUGCCUAAAAGAAUUAAGUUGAAGUCAUGCAGUCAGCUGAGGCAGUCUACUGCAGGAGCUCCUUGUAUGGACUUUGUGUCAUUUGGACCAGAAAAUGUGUAAAUAAAGGCCCAGAUAGAAAAGUAUUGACAUCUAUAAUAAAGUCAAAUUGAGUAUUAUUAAAAAUACUUAAUUUGCAGUAAAGCUCCUGCAUGAAAAGCGUCAUUUAAAUUGUGUUAAAGAUAUAGGCUAAUAUUAUGAAACUAUUAAAAGCUGCAGCAUCAGAAAGUCAUUGUAAAUAAUUGAGAUAAAAACAGUCAGUUGCUGCUUUUGUUAUUGUGCUCACUGGCAAAGUUUGAGAGGCUCUGCUAUAGAAAACUUUUGUAAAUGCACCUUUAUUUUCCAAAACUUUAGGGGAUAUCCAAGUCCUCACAAGUACAGGAAACAGCAGGUUUAUGGGUCUGGUUUCAUUUGUACAGAACACACAGCUCAUGCCGGCAAUCGUACUUAUUCUGCACAUACUAACAUUUCUAUGUAAACACAUGCGGUCACAUGAUGUCAAAUGUAAUUACAGCAUGUUAAAAUAACACUCUUGUUUCUGUGCAGGGCCUGUGGGUACCAGAGGGUGAGGAUGUGAAGAUCCCCGUUGCCAUCAAGGUUUUGAGAGAGGCCACAUCACCGAAAGCAAACAAAGAAAUUUUGGAUGUAGGUUUUUUUUUUUCUCAUUUCUGUGGUACAUCUCCAGACUGUAAACUGACUGUAACACUGAGUCAUAUCCAUGAAAAGCAUCUCUUCUGACAUCUUAUUCCCCAAACUACUUCUCUUAAGUGUGUGUCGCUUGUGGGAAAUCUCAGAGAAAAUAGACACUCAGUUCUCUACGCACAUAUUUUAGUAAUUAUCCCAAUAUUUUGACUUCAAUGGAAGAGCCAGAGUGUGUUGCUCAACAGUGAGUGUUUCCUAUUUGUCACUUCAACUUUAAUGUAGCUUUAAAUUUCUUGCACAUGUUACUAUAAAUGAACCAAUGACUGCUACUUUUUCCCUGUAAUGAAGAAUGUGUCAUGUUCCUAAAUGGUGACCCUCUUCCCAGACUGGAGAAAAUGGGAUUAACUCAUUGGAGAGCUCUGUCUGGGUGUUGGUGUGUAAUCCAAGGCUGAGGUGUUCUGGACAGGAAUGCAGUCCUGUAGCUGCUCCGAAAAAAGCAGCCAGUUAAAAUGCACCGUGUGAACGUCUGAAUAGGCAUCCUGUGAUUUUAGCGGUCUGGGCGCACAGUCACUGUACUUGAAAACUGCGGUCUACAUGAACGUCUGCUGAACUUUAUGACAUCAGAGCAGAGGCCGGCUUUUACAUGUGCUUUGAAGCCUCUUUGUCAUCAGAGCGUCUGAAUUACAGAGCUCCUAACAGUCAGGUGCUUAUUCCCCGAAACAUGAUAAUGCCAUAAUAGGCAUGUGGAAAAUAUUUGGUACUAAAUUAAUGCAUUUGUGGCAUGAAACCCAAAUCAUAAAGCUCCGUUUGAUGUGCCGUUUGCACGUGAUCGCUCCUCGGAGGCCUAUUGUUUGUGGCGAGUGUGGAUUAUCCCCCGCGGUUUCUCUUGAAGUAACUUUCUUGUAAGGACAGCUUAUAGUUUCCACUUCAAGCUGAGCCACAUGAAAUAUGUGAUUGGCCCAGACCGACUGUUGCUAAAAUACUUAUCGCAAAAAGCUUGAUAUCUCGACAUGUUGUAUAACUCAAAGUGAAUGUUUCCAGAAUAAAAGAGGCAUUUCUCUCAGUAUCAGUAGAGCCUGGAUGGAUUAGCCUGUUUUGCUCAUUCAGACUUUAAAUCAAUCUGUGGGGAGGAUUUUUUUGUCUUUCACCUGAUAUCUCCCAGAUGAGAUUAAGUGUGGAAUUACAGGUUUUGGAAUUUUCCCCUUUGGGACUAAUAAAGGAACAUGUUAUCUUAUCUUUAUCUCUUUUUUUUGUACGACUAUUUUCAUAUUUUGCAGGAGGCAUAUGUGAUGGCCAGUGUCGAACACCCCCACGUGUGUCGCCUGCUUGGCAUCUGCCUGACCUCCACGGUGCAGCUCGUCACCCAGCUGAUGCCGUACGGCUGUCUGCUGGACUACGUCAAAGAGAACAAGGACAACAUCGGCUCCCAGUACCUGCUCAACUGGUGUGUGCAAAUCGCCAAGGUGAGGAAGAAAACCUCGUAAAAGCAUCAAGUUACGUCAAGUGGGGAGAGUCUGGGGAUGUUUGUCACACCAACAAUAGAUACAGUGUCCAUCUGUAGAGCAAGUGAAGCAGAUUUGAGAAUUUGUUAAAGACAAUACUCAACCUUUUUAAUCUGUUUUCAAUGUUCAAGUGAAAUCCAUUCAGAAAAAGACCUCCUUCUUUAUGUUAUUUGUUUGAUUACAGGGGAUGAACUACCUGGAGGAGCGCCACCUGGUGCAUCGUGACCUAGCAGCAAGAAACGUCCUGGUUAAGACCCCGCAACAUGUCAAGAUCACAGACUUCGGUCUGGCCAAACUCCUCAACGCAGAUGAAAAAGAGUACCACGCAGAUGGAGGAAAGGUAAGCUGGAGAUUAAAAUCGUCUGCAGUCUGUCUGUAACUGUUUUCAUUCACCUUAGAUUAGUGUCCUAGUUUUAUAUUCAGUGAUUCUGCUCGAAUAUGUUCACAAAAAAAAAAACAAGCUUCAGUGCCAGCAGUUGUCAGUGAGAGGCGAUCAUUUAUGUGAUGAUGAUGCUGAUGAUGAUAAGGUUAUUUUUCCAUUUACAGCCUGAUACAAACUUAGAAGACAAAUGACUUCCUGCGGAUAAACAAAUUCGCUCCAUCUCAUGAAAGAUAAUAUUUUUGUAUUUGUAGUUUUGCUCUAGAUUGUAUCUUAUGUAAGGGCUGUAGUAUAAAUAAACCUGUCAGGGACCUGACUUCUAAGAGAAAUGAAAAAUCAGAUAAGUUCCUUUUCUUAUCAAAGUUUCUUUGUGCCUCUGAAGUCAUUUUUUUUUCCUCACAGGGAACUAUGUGGUGCUUGUGUUUACUUGAAACCACAGGGUGACCCACACCUUUCUCUCUAAAGUCUCAACCGUGAAAGGCUUGCAGCUUUACUUAGUCAUAAGUAAAUGCUUAAAACAUCAGUAGAAUGCCCUUAUAGUAACAUAUUUAUAGGCCUGUGCUGAUGUAUCACACUGAAAGGUCUUCAAACUUCCUGUUGUUUGAUUUAUUUUUCCAGCUGAAAAGAAACUCUUCCUGAUAAUGUAGUACAGUGAUACGUUUGACAGACUUUGUUUCUUAAAUUUACUGGAAAAGCAGAUGUGGAAAUGGACCAGCUCUUUGAAAUUUAUCAGCGUGAAGUUGGACUGCAGCUUAAAUAUGUAUAUAAAAAAAAACUUCUAAUAAUGAGAUUUCCUGAAGUCUGUCUGUUGUUGUUAAAUGUACUGCCUCUCCGAAACGUUCCUGGGCAGCCUUGAAGAUAUGGAAUAAACCUCAAGCUACAGAGUAUAAAUACCCUUCAGUAUGUUUCCAAUUUAAUCUCUUUUGCAGGAAACCUUUCCAAUAAAUCAUGUAAGAGAUUUGUUUGACACUCUCUGAGUGAUGACAGCAAACUUCUUCUCAUGGUAUAUAAAAUGCAAACGGUACCAAAUACAUCCCUUAUUCAAAAUUGUAAACCUUUGCCAGAAAUUUGCAUUAAUGAGAAUAACUCAGCCAGAAGAUGUGGAAUUUUGUAUCAUGACUUUUCACCACUAGGGGGCAGAAUUGUUAUAUUACUUGCUCCAUGUGAAAGGGAGAGUGAAGGUUUUUUUAAAAAAAUGCUAUUUAUGUAGAGAGUCUACUGAAUACAUACAUUGAAUUAAACCGCCAUUUUUAGAGUCUGUUUAGAGUCUGUUUUUGCAAGGCAAGGUAAUGCAAUGCAAAUCUUGUUAUACCCUCAUCUGCGUGGUUAUGGUUUACUGAUAAAUCACAUGACCUGCUGCAUGACCCCUAAUAUCCCCCACAACAAAAACAUGUAAAUAGAUCAGCAGCCGGAGCCACAGUUAUCAAAUCAGAUCCUCCUUUUACCGAUGUUUCUGUAAGCCGGGCCCACGAGACCUCAAUAGGUGGCAACAGUUGGCUUUGAAAUCCUGCAACCACCCUCCUUUGUACUAGCUCUCACACCCUGCAAAACCCACUCUCAAAAAAGAUAAGAAAAGAUAAAAAUGGAGAGGAGUCUGUGAAAAGAUGUUAUAAAGAGGACAGGGAAGACAGAGCCUGGAUGAGAAGGCAGUUUGGAGGAGAGAGGUCUGAUCAGGGUGUACACUUUACCUUCCUUUACCCGUUUUCAUGAGGGAAUAGAGGAUGAGAGAGAAAGAGAAGAAAGAAGGAGAAGGAGAGCCUGAGUGAGAGAGCAAAAUACACAGUAUAUCAGCAACAAGGCUGUUCAGAGUGCUUCACAUAAGUCAGAUCCAUCAUAAGAGGCGCUGGACUAUUCAAGUGCAAAUGUGCAAAAGUAAAAGCAUCUGUGCAUUGUUAACAGUCAGUAAAGCAACUUAUGGGGAGAAUUUAAGGUGCUAGUUUAGAGCUGCAAUGUCUCUAGGAAUAAAACUGUGAAACUGUAUCAAAAGCAUCAUGAAAAAAUAUGACAAAUAUAUAAAAACAAGGUGUAAAACUGUAAGGGAAAAGAAAUAAAUGAGCCAAAAUUGAAGUUAAAAGGAAAUAACUAGGAGGGAAUGUUACAAUGCAGUAGUUUGUAAAAUUAGUUUAUUAUUAAAAGUUCAGUUUCAAACAGCUGUAAACAGGACCAUAUUAUCGAUGCAAACAUAUAAAGUACAGCGUUUCAUUUGUCCUUUUUCUUCCUCAGGUUCCGAUCAAAUGGAUGGCUCUAGAGUCCAUCCUGAACAGGACGUACACACACCAGAGCGACGUUUGGAGUUAUGGUAAGUUUUGUGCUUGUCUUGUGUCGUGAACACAUGAGGCCUGCUUGUGUAACUGUGAAUCUGUAAAGCAGCUGGGCUUCAAUACUCUGGGGGCUUUGGUGACAGCCUCACUGGAGUAAUAUUUAUUCAUUGCUUGAUAAAGUGUUCUAACAUCAAGAGGGCGGAAACGGGAGAACGGAGUUUUGAACACUCAGAUAAGAUGUUGUUUUUGGAUCUUAUAAGGCUUGACAACAUUUUACAGCACGACAUGAGAGAGGGGAACAUCUUGCAAGCAUCUGUGAUUUUAGGACACUGGUAGCACACACCUACACACCAGCAGUCUCAGAUGGGCAAUAUCACGUCAAAAGAGAUUGUUACCGACACCCACAUGAAUCGAAGAGUACAUUUGUACAGAUGCCUAAACACACACACACGCGGGAGCCAAACACAGCACGUCUUUCUUGUGUGGGCCAGCGUCCAAAUCUCCCGAGGGUUUGAUCAUGGCUUCCGCUCAAUAUGGCGAAAGCAUCAGUAGACCCUGGCAGAAGUGAUAUCCUUCUUCCUCUCCUCCUUUUUCUCCUCUUCAGCUCCUCCAGCACAGAUACUCAUCCUGCUACCUCCCACUCCCGCAGCCACAGCCAAUUUGUCAACAUAGUUAUUUUGAUACUGCGUGAUAUUUGUCGAGCUUACAUCCUGUCACUCUCGUUUUUUUUUUUUUUCCUCUCUCUUCUUUUUGGGAGCGAAAAACAAAAUGAACGACAGCUCAUUGGGCCAACUGUGCUUGUUUGUCUGUAGGAGUAACAGUUUGGGAGCUGAUGACAUUUGGGACCAAGCCGUACGAUGGGAUCCCGGCCAGUGAGAUAGCAGGGGUCCUUGAAAAGGGGGAGCGACUUCCUCAGCCACCGAUCUGUACCAUAGAUGUGUACAUGAUCAUGGUGAAAUGUAAGCAGAGCACAUCUUCUGAAGUGCAUUAAGAUGUUGUUUUCGUUUUGAUUUGUUGUUCGUUUUCGAGCUACAUCAGCUAAAUACUAAACACUUCCUCACGAAUGAUGCAGAUUUUCUUCUUACUCUUUUGCUUUUAUAUGAUGAUUUUUCUCUACAGGUUGGAUGAUUGAUGCGGAUAGUCGUCCUCGUUUCCGGGAGCUGAUAGCCGAGUUUACAAAGAUGGCUCGGGAUCCUUCUCGAUAUCUUGUCAUUCAGGUAAAAUAAAAUUUAAAAAAAAGGAUCAAACUUAAAUAGAUCUGCAGUAGUGACAUGAUUCUGAGGGCAUCCAAAGUGCCUUUUUGCAUUCCAUCAGAAGGAUUAUAUAAAAUAAGGACUGCAACCAGCAGAAAUGAGUCAUACUCAAGUUUCCAGCAAGAGUCUAUCUGCUAAUUAGCAGCAUUAAUUUGAUGCAACCUCCAGGAAUAAAAAGUUCAUUCUUGGCCAUGAAAAGUCAGCUCCACAGCCACAGGACUCAAGCUCAAACUUUACCAUUUUGUUCCCAAGUAGUCUGUGUUGAUCUUGAAGAAACCCUGCGGCUUUUUAAAAGACAUCACAAGCCACUAAAACACACAUAUAGGGUAUUUUACUGUAUACUUUAGCAGCUAAUGUGGAAAAUCUUCCUCGCUUGUGUUCUUUACUGACUCUUUUUCAGUCAUCUAACAUAAAACCCGUUCAAAAACCCCUGUGACUCUCUGUGGGGGGAAGUGGGAGCGCAGAAAUGCUAACUCAUUUCCAGGCUCAUGGUCUUUUCCUGCAGCACUCGUCUUUGUGAUGAAUUGCAGUAACCUCUUUGCACACGUGACGCUGACUAUGUAAAUUCUAUUUCCACUCCAGGGGGACGACCGCAUGCACCUGCCGAGUCCUUCAGACCCUAAACUAUACCGCAGCCUGAUCAGCGGGGAGGACAUGGAGGACGCCGUGGACGCAGACGAGUACCUGGUGCCUCAACACGGCUUCUUUAGCAGCCCGAGCACCUCGCACACCCCGCUGCUUCACUCCACAGUAAGAUUCUGGGUCGAGUGUGCAAGUCCAGAUCCAUCUCUAUCCCCUUGUGACAUGUGGUACAGUGCAGUUUCAUCCAAAGCAGAGGAAAUGAUUCAAAAAUGGGGGUACAUCUUAUUUAGUGACACAUGAACCCACCUGGCCUCAGAGUCACAUUUAGAGAAGACUGACUCCUGCCUGUAUCGAUGUAGGACUUCCACAAGAUGGCGCAGUUUUACGACAAUACUUUCAGCAACUCUUGUAAACAAACAAGCUAAUCUGCUCGAUUGCUCAUUUACAGCGUUUAUCUCUAAUUGCACCGACUUUCCUGACAGUGAGCGAUCAUUUAACAGAAGGAUCAGUUGGAUGGUGUUAUCGCAGAGGCUGAUUCUUCAGAUACAGGGAGCUCCACCAAUCAGAACCAAGUGUUUAGCUGGAGAUAAAAUGUAAUAAAGUACCUUCACACCGUCUCAGUUUUUGACCUUGUCCACCAUAUUUACUUCCUUUAUCAUGUCAGGUUUUACUUUGAAUGCCACUCUCAACCAUGAUAGAUUUGAUAGAUUGAACUGAAAAAAAGUGAAUCAUACACGCCAAAGGACACAAAGAGGUUUUACAGACUCGCUCGAGCUGAUUGGAAAAGAGGAGACAGCUGCUUUGGACUGUGAACUUUCCCAGAAAUGAUGAGGGAUUAGUUGAUUAAACAAUUGCGCCAAAUGUAAAAGCAGUGAACACCUUCCCAACUGUUAGAAUUUAAUAGUGCUAUUAAGUGAGUUUUGAGGAACAGGAUUUCUGCACAAGUCAUUAAGCCAUGAGUCAGGGAGGAAACAAUCAUGGACUCAUUUUUUGCCUUGUUGAAAUCAAUUAACUCAGACUUGAAGCAGCGGAGCUCUGACUGCUAAACCGAGUCCAGGUGUUCACACAGUGAGGAGUCGUACCUGAUCUGAACCCUGCUAAACCCGCCUGCCCUCUUUCUGUUUCACCACCGGGACCACUUCUCCUCUUCCUGACCUCUACCCACUCGUCCUCGUCAUCAUCCCCUCUCCCACGUUUCCUCCCUGGUGCCCUUUGAUAGAUGAGCGCUGAAUGAGCAGAGCUCCUCCAGUCCAGGUUCAGUGGAGGCCAUGCGUAGGUCUGGCUCUUCUUACCUGGAAUCAUUGUGGGACACUGACAGCCUGCUUAGCUCAUAUGAGCUUUAAACUUUGAUUACCUUUGCAGGCAACCAGGCGAACUCUCGAAAAUCUUUGUCCAGUAAAAGCUCAGCAUAAGCCUGCUUUUGUAAUUUCACCGCUGGGGCAUGGCCCACUGUGGGUCGAGACAUUUUUCACAGAUGGCUGCUCUUUCAGCCUAUUUAAUUUCCUUUUCUUGUUGAAAGUAAUUGCAUCGCCACAGCUGUCACUCUCUCCUUUUGAUUCACUCGGUUUCCAUGGUUUUUACCCCGCUCACAGCCCUCUCUACUGGAGAAAGUGACAGACACAACAAAGCCUGUCACAUUGUGUGAAUGAAUAUGAAUCUGCUCGGUGGACAGUUAUUUCGAUCCUUAUCAGCUUGUACUGAGAUGACAGCUACGCUUCCAUGGUUACCAUAACAAAUAGGGAACUUACUGUCCCCUGAGAUGCUUUAGUACAAAUCACAAUCACUGAAAAUGCCUCUAAAAUCAUAUUUUCAUCCCUCUUUCCUUUCUGUGUUUGAUGCCGCUAUUGUAAACUAACUCAGAUGUAUUUUAUCUUUUGUGCAGAGCCUCAACAGCAGCUUUGGAAGGUGUCACAGCAGAAACGGCUUAACGGUAAGAGAAAAUGUACCCUUUGACUGCACUCUUUGUUUGGAAUAAUUUCUUAAAUAACUUUUUUAUCUUUGGCUGCAGAACGCGUUCCCCAGCAGAGAUGGCAGCAUCGUUCUUCGAUACAUUCCUGACCCCACAGACAAAAAUUUAGACGAUGCCUUCCAGCCAGCUCCAGGCAAGUUUUCUUCAACUUUCCCCUCAGCGGCCACCACUUUGGUGUUCAAUGUCAAUCACAUAAGUCUCCGUUCAGCUCGCCCACUGUCCUUCUAUUUGAUUCACUGAAGUAGGGGAGCAUCUAGUGGACGGGAAUAACACUGCCGCCUCAGCUGAAUAUCACUGUUUACUGUUUGAUUUGCUCCCUUUCCAGUGUGAUUUUUUUGAUUUCUAAAACUGAAACUGAAUUUCUAAAUGCUCUCUCACUCACAGAGUCAAGUGUAAAUCUGUACUCUGAGUUUAGAUCCACUUCCUGCCAUUGCUUAUCUGUGGUAUAAAGUUUGAACUUGGGACAGACUUUUAAAAGGCUGACCAAAACAACGCUAUAAGGUCAAGCCUUCCUCAGAUUUAUAUGCUUGUAAAGAGGAAGCUCCAUAAAUGCUAGUUUCUGCAUUUUUUAUGAUGCAUAAAUAGUUUUUUUUUUUGUUUUGUUUUGUUUUGUUUGUUUUUUGACAGACCUUCUUCUCUCCAUUUUUGGACCUAAUGCCUCCGCUUAUUAACACCAAUUUAUCAACAAACUUUUGAAGUUUUUAAGCUGUAGUCAUAGAAAUGAUAACAAAACCCUGAGAUAAUUAAUAUGACACCAGAAAUAUAUUUUAGAGUACUAGAUGUCUCCUUAUCACCCUUUUUGAAGAAAAAAACAAAUGAAGUGAUGAGAAAUCAUAUGAGAAAAUUAGAUAUAAUAAAAUAUUCAACAGCACAGUGACAUAAGAAACAUCUGACAAAGAAGAAACCAUCAACACUUAAUAGGAAACUUAAAGCACUGUGUCUAAUUUAUUGUCUAUUCUACAGAUUACAUGAACCAGAACGGCGUCUCAGAUGUGAUGAAUCCCGUCUACCAGCACCCCGGUCCCCCUCGCACCAUCCUCCCCACCAUAUCCUCAGAUGACACAGAGUCAGAGUACCUGAACUGCUAUAAAAACGGACCCGAGUACCUCAACGAGCUCCCAUCCCCCGCCAUCCUCCCUCUCACCUCUAACGGCACGGUGCACAGCAUCCAGAAAUAUCAGCCACAGAACAGCAUAGACAACCCCGAUUACCAACAGGACUUCACCCCCACGUUCAAAACACACACUAAUGGACACAUCCCUGCAGCGGAGAACGUAGAGUACCUGGGUCCAGACUGAGGACUGAGAGGAUCAGAAAUAAGAGACUUCAUUUAGAAAGGGCAUUUAUGUCGCAGCCGGGGAAAGCGUAGCUAAGUGGUACCAUGAACUAUCAAAUAUGUUUUAUCCUUCCUUUCAGAGAUGUGAUGGUUUGUGCAGCUUGAUGUGUUGUUUGCAUGCUGUCAAACUCGUCACAUAAACCCUCCUGUCAUUCCAAAGAUGUAUUUUUCACUACCAAACGACUUUUUUCUCCAUGAAAGCCGAAUAGUUCCUGACUCUACUGACUGUACCAUACAUGUAAAAAAGUGAAAGUCUCGGUUCCUAAAACAGCAGCAGCUGGCAGCUCAACCCAAAAACCAAAACCCAAGGUACAUACAAGCUGAAACCAUCACGAGUUAUUGAUAACACAGUUUAUCAAUGAAAUAAACACACAGUGGUGCUUUCUGCGUUCGCUGUGAUGAAGUCAGGAUGAUUAAAGGGAGCUUUAAAGAGCAUAGUGCUGACUGUUUGGGUCCCGAGAGGCCUGACGACACUCAUCUUUGAGGAUGAGUCAAUGAGGAAGCAACAUGUUGCAGUGUAUAGAAUGUAAAGUUAGUUUAAAGGGGAAUACUGUUGAAUGAAAAGGUUUAAAUAUGUUACCUUUAUGUACUAAGACAGUUCUAUGUAUACUAAAGAGAAAACUGUAACACAAGUUUAUAUGUGUUAUACAACUCUAAUUAUGUAGAUAAUAUAAUGAUAUACAGUAGUAUGUUGCAAAUGUGUUCACAUUCCUGUAGCUUUGUUGCACUGUAGCACAAUAGCUGUGUGCCCGGGAUGCAUUUUUAAUGAUGAUUCCCUGUCUCAGACCUUUUUAUAAUCAACACAUUGACACGGCAGAAACGCGGUUCAUCAGGAUAAACUGUUGAGCAGUUACAACCAAGACCUCCCUCUUCAUUUAAAUCCACGUGUCCCUUUUUUUCCACUGUUUUUGUGUAAGUUUGAAUAUGCUGGAUGAACUGUCUUAGGUCAUGUGAGUAACUUGUUUGAAAUGUGUAGAUUAGAAGUAUCUCCCUGUAAAUAUGAGUUUUAUUUGAAUGUCUCUAUGUCUAGUCCGAAAUAAGGACUGUUUCUGAUGUUUCUGCUCAUACCUGUCUGCAUUAUCACUCUGACUUUUCCUGUCUGGAUUUUCCUCUUAAGCAAAGUGUCCACUGUUGUUCCCCACAGGGUGAAUCUUCAUCUUCUUACCUUUAAAGUCUUGUAGCCUUGCAAGAGGAUGAACUUUGCAAACAUUAUUCCUAGUUUUAAAGGGAUAUACUAUUGUAGCAGCCUGUAAACCUACUUUUUCAGAUUUUACACAGGUACAUGUAAAAAGAACAGUCACCGUGCUGUGAUAUACUGCAAAAUAACCACCUAUAAUUUAUACUCAGUACACACUUUUUGUCUCAUCAUACUUGGAUAUGCACUUAUUCCUGAAUUGUGAUUAUCUCAGAAGACGUGAACACGAAUAAAUCUUGUUUUCUAUGGAAAUAC